UAUGAGAGGGAGAUUCAGAGUGAAACGGGAUCCUAUUCCAUUCACGAUGAAUUCAUUUAUAUGUUGGAAUAUGCAUUACCAAACAUUUCAGGCAGGCGUUUCACAACUCAUAGCAGGUUAAAUAUUGUCUUGCGAUUCGAUGAAAGAAAAGACGCAUAAAAGAGAUGGGCACUGGACGGCGACUUUCAACAAUUUCAGUCAACUCAAUCCUGGGAAAUCCAGGUUAUUGCGUCCGGUUCGUUGUACUUGCAGUGGUUUUUAUUCAGGUGUGCGCAACGUUUAACUUGGAAACAGAAAACCGGGUCGUCUACUCUGGACCUAAGGGAAGUUUUUUCGGUUAUUCCUUGGAUUUUUUCUACAAUAAUGCAUCUAGGUGAGUGCGCAUUAAUCUUACCCCUCAGUUAGAUUUGCUUUCUUUUAUGGUGUUUUAGGCAAAUGCCACCACACUAUACACAAAUCCAUUAACUUCAAAAGGGAUAUGAAUUAUUCCCUAUUUGAUAUUCUUGUAAUUCAAUGUAGUCUACUUUCACGCAUGGUCUACACGGCAUUGUACUAUUUCGAUUUGAAUAACGGUUUGUAGGGAACUACAUUGGACAAGCGCAGGUUGACGUUUAUUGUCAUGAAUCUUGCCCUGGAGGCGGAACUGAGCGAUUUUUGCUAGAUGGGCCAGCUGCAAAGUUAAAAUGUUCUAUUUCGUAAAAAUAUUUUAUAACUUUGUGGCUGUGCCAGCUAGUGACUACUCUGCAGAGCUGCCUCCAGACCAAGAUUUAUGACAAUAAAUGGCAACCCGCUUACUCUCAUGGUGUGAUAUCAUCUUAAAGGGAAGCUCCACUCGGAAAAAAAUGCAGAAAUAUUGUUUUUAUUAGUCCACUGUUGAUACAGUCCCAAAAUGUUUUCCAUGUCAGCAGUCAAGUUUUCAAGACAUUGGACUUUGAAGAAGCAAAUUGCCACCGGCUGUAUCAUCAUGCUAAGUAGGCUAUUUUCCAUAUGUUCACUUUCUCCAGCAUAGCCUGUGGUCAGUAAGCUAGGCCUGAUAGCCGAUAAAGCAUUUGUCGUUAUUCAUUGAUUAUUCUGUGAUAUAUUCCAGAAAGAUAUAUUCAGCAUUUUUGCGGAUCUGGAUCAAAUAAAGUGAAAAUGAAAAUCCUUGGAUGAAUGGGGAUUCCAUGGACUUUGAAUAGGGUCCCCCCCCCCCCACCCUUCUAGAAUUGUAUUAUAUAAAGAACACAAAUAUAAAUGCAACAUGCAACAAUUUCAAAGAUUUUACUGAGUUACAGUUCAUAUAAGGAAAUCAGUCAAUUGAAAUAAAUUCAUUAGGCCCUAAUCUAUGGAUUUCAUAUGACUGGUAAUACAGAUAUGCACCUGUUGGUCACAGAUACCUUUAAAAAAAGGUAGGGGCAUGGAUCAGAAAACCAGUCAGUAUCUGGUGUGACCGCCAUUUGCCUCAUGCAGUGAGACACAUCUCCUUUGCAUAGAGUUGAUCAGGCUGUUGAUUGUGGCCUGUGGAAUGUCGUCCCACUCCUCUUCAAUGGCUGUGUGAAGUUGCUGGAUAUUGGCGGGAACUGGAACACACUGUUGUGCACCUCGAUCCAGAGCAUCCCAAACAUGCUCAAUGGGUGACAUGUCUGGUGAGUAUGCAGGCCAUGGAAGAACUGGGAAUUGUGUACAGAUCCUUGCGACAUGGGGCCGUGCAUUAUCACACUGAAACAUGAGGUUUUGGUGGCAGAUUAAUGGCACGACAAUGGGCCUCAGGAUCUAUUCACAGUAUCUCUGUGCAUUCAAAUUGCCAUAGAUAAAAUUAAAUUGUGUUCGCUGUCUGUAGCUUAUGCCUGCCCAUACCAUAACACCACCGCCACCAUGGGGCACUCUGUUCACAACAUUGACAUCAGCAAACCGCUCGCCCACACUACGCCAUACACGUGGUCUGCGGUUGUGAGGCCGGUUGGAUGUACUGCCAAAUUCUAUAAAAUGACGUUGGAGGUGGCUUAUAGUAGAGAAAUUAAUAUUCAAUUCUCUGGCAACAGCUCUGGUGGACAUUCCUGCAGUCCGCAUGCCAAUUGCACACUCCCUCAAAACUCUGUGGCAUUGUGUUGUGUGACAACACUGCACAUUUUAGAGUGGCCUUUUAUUGACCCCAGCACAAGAUGCAACUGUGUAAUGAUCAUGCUGUUGAAUCAGCUUCUUGAUAUGCCACGUCUGUCAGUUGGAUGGAUUAUCUUGGCAAAGGAGAAAUGCUCACUAACAGGGAUGUAAACAAAUCUUUUCCCAAAAUUUGAGAGAAAUACGCUUUUUGUGCGUAUGGAAAAUGUCUGGGAUCGUUUAUUUGAGCUCAUGAAACAUGGGACCAACACUUUACAUGUUGCGUUUUAUAUUUUUGUUCAGUGUAAUUUCUUUCAUAUUUACGGAUUCAUGGAUGCUAUUAGCCAGCAGUAGAAGGUAAAGUCUCAUGAACCUUGAACAUCAUUCCCCUAAAUAACUCACUAAAGAAUAUUUCUAAGCCUAUUAUAAUACAAAUACACACACACGGCCUAUCCUUUUUAGAGCAACCAUCGUCAUCAACAGUGUCAUGGCAGCUGAAGACAAUUAAAGGACAUGAGCAGUAAGGUAGUAGUCUGUUUGUAAACUUCAAGUCCCUUUCUUUUAAAUGACCAUUAGAGACCAUCAGCAGGGAGGAAGUCCAAUGGUUUAAACUGAACUGAAGUAUCAUCUUGCACCAUUACUCAGGAAAUAAGCAAAACAUGAACAGCCCUUGUCCAUUAAUCUCACGGUAGAAAUUGAGCCUGGGGGCGAGGUUACAUGUAGGUAGCUUGAUCAAAUAGUGAGAGAUGGCGUGACCUAGACCUAGGUUUGAACAACCACAGUGUCAGACUAUGGUUGGACUAAUUCUAAUAAGAAAGGGGCAUCAAGUUGGUCAUGCAGGCCAAGUUUACAAUGGGAUCACUCUAGAGAUUUAGCUUUGACAUAAUCAUGAGGCCUAUAAUAUAAUGUCCCGUGUAGCUCAGUUGGUAGAGCAUGGCGCUUGCAACGCCAGGGUUGUGGAUUCAAUUCCCAUGGGGGAAGAGUAUGAAAAAAAAAUUAUGCACUCACUAACUGUAAGUCGCUCUGGAUAAGAGCGUCUACUAAAAAUUAAAUGAUAAUGUUAGGUCACAAUGCUCAUUUUCCUAAUAGUUAAUAAGGACGACCCAUUUACUCAAAUCUGAGGGUCACCAUUAAACAUCGGGGCUGAGCUGAUCGAUGUUUAAACACAUAUUUAGAGGCUAGGCCUAUAUCAACUCCCCCUGCCCCAGCUUUCCUUCUACCGUUUUCUGACAGAUGUGUGUUGUGGAGUCAUUACCAAGAUGUUGAUUCAGCCCAAUUGUAGAAGUCAGCUCUUUUCCCCCUGGUGCUUUAUUUGCCUUGUCAGGACAGGACAACGGUAGCCUUUGUGCUGAAAUAAACUAAAUCAUUGAAUAGCUACCUAUUUUUAUUGUUUUGAUUUCGUAAACUUGAUCAUAUGACUGUUGCUCACUCCUGCCUGGUUUUGGUUGGAGUAGGUGGACAGCAGUUGAUGUCAUAGAGAGACAAAUAGAGUGACACACUUUUUUUCUCACUCGCCCCAAAAAGGCUCCGCUCAUGUCCAUGCAUGCCGCAAAUUAGAUUGUGUUGUCCCAUACAGGUGGUUUCCAGAGUUUGCUGUUUUUCAGCAUGCCAAAGUUGUUUAUGUGUCUCAGUGACAUACACAGUGUGAGUCAAUAAGCCUAGUUAACACAGAACCCUAGUGUUUUGGUAAAGAGGGUGUCUGGCAAUAAGCCUAGUUAACACAGAACCCUAGUGUUUUGGUAAAGAGGGUGUCUGGCAAUAAGCCUAGUUAACACAGAACCCUAGUGUUUUGGUAAAGAGGGUGUCUGGCAAUAAGCCUAGUUAACACAGAACCCUAGUGUUUUGGUAAAGAGGGUGUCUGGCAGUAAUAAGUGAUCAGCAGCAGCUGUAUGGUUGUGUUGAAUAAGCUGCAAUGUUAAUGCAGUGAUUUCCCUACAUUAAAGUGUCGUGUUCGUUCUCGUCAUUUAUUCCAUUUCCACAGAUUGUCGCCAUUUGCCCCUUAGUAGCCCAAUACUCCACUGAAAUGUGUUUCGUGUUUAGCCUCUUUGGUGGAAUACUGAUUGAUUAAAUGUAGGUAUCCUACACUGCGUCUUUUGGAUUGUGGAGAGAUGGAAGUAGACUAGAAUGUCCCAUCUUCUCUCUCUCUCGCUCACUCGCUCGCUCUCCUAUCUACCCAUUUACCCUCCUCCUCCCUCUAUCAGUCCAGUAGAGGUGAUGGAGAUAAAAACUAGCCUCAGCUAUGAUCUGUUUACUGAGACAGGACAGAGCCAUUGGGGAACGUUAUGACAGACUGGUGGCGAUGAUGAUGAUGAUGAUGAUAAGGUACCUGUAAAAUGAGAAGGAUCCUUUCAGGGCCUGUAUUCAUAAAGCAUCUCAUAGUAGGUGUGCUGAUCUAGGAUCAGUUUAGCCUUAAAUCAUAGAUAGAGCAUAGUUAAUUAAUUAAGAAUAUUAUAUUGUCAGGGGGGACAUGAUCCUAGAUUAGCUGUCCUAAAAUGAAAUACUUUGUGAAUGCAGCCCUGAACUGCCUUUUAAGUGAGUCAACAUUACUUAUAGGGAACAGGAUCCAUGAAGGGAGGGAGUAUAUGUGGCCAAAUCAUUGCUCAAAUCAGUUAAAAACAGUAACCGAAGAUUAAUUGAUCAAAAGAACUCAUAGCUUCCUGUACUCCCACUUAUGGUUAUUUUUGGCCGACUGUGCACUAAUAAUGUGUUUUUGUCUUCUGUUUUUUUUCUACAGUUCCAGUAUUCUGAUUGGUGCUCCCAAAGCUAACACCAGCCAACCGAACGUCAUAGAAGGUGGAUCUGUGUACUUAUGUCCCUGGAGCCAGGGUCAAUGGGAUUGCAGUGUCGUCAUUUUUGACAAAGAAGGUAAGGUACCUGGCUGAAUAACCUGGUGGAAUUAGUUGGUGUGAAUGCGUGGAAAAGCAGCUCAUCAAUGUUUCUUCCUUGUGUAAAGUAUGAUGAGUUUCCCCAUUAACAAUGUUAACAUCAGGUUUCAUACGUAGAUUUUACAAAAGACAGUGUAUACCGAAUUUCAAAGUAUUCCCCCCAGUUAAAGUUGAUUGUUUAACCAUAAACAUUUCCCUUUAGCCAUAAAACUAUAAGGCUUCUAUUAGCGAGCUGUCACGUUGUAUAAUGAUUAGAAGACAGGCGCAGGAAUACGUAUUAGGGGUUUUAUUACUCCACCCAAAACAAACACGUAUAUAUAUACAAAAGGGAUGUAACCCAAACAAAGAGUGAGGUGUAACCUCUACACAAUACACGGGACGAAACCCGUAAACAACCAGAAUACAAUACAUGGUACUCACGAGACCAAUGGACAUGGGACAAUAAUCGACAAGGACAAUGGGGAACAGAGGGCACAUACAGUGGGGAAAAAAAGUAUUUAGUCAGCCACCAAUUGUGCAAGUUCUCCCACUUAAAAAGAUGAGAGAGGCCUGUAAUUUUCAUCAUAGGUACACGUCAACUAUGACAGACAAAAUGAGAAAUUGUAGGAUUUUUAAUGAAUUUAUUUGCAAAUUAUGGUGGAAAAUAAGUAUUUGGUCAAUAACAAAAGUUUCUCAAUACUUUGUUAUAUACCCUUUGUUGGCAAUGACACAGGUCAAACGUUUUCUGUAAGUCUUCACAAGGUUUUCACACACUGUUGCUGGUAUUUUGGCCCAUUCCUCCAUGCAGAUCUCCUCUAGAGCAGUGAUGUUUCGGGGCUGUCGCUGGGCAACACGGACUUUCAACUCCCUCCAAAGAUUUUCUAUGGGGUUGAGAUCUGGAGACUGGCUAGGCCACUCCAGGACCUUGAAAUGCUUCUUACGAAGCCACUCCUUCUUGCCCUUGCUGAUGGAAGGAGGUUUUCACUCAAACUCUAACGAUACAUGGCCCCAUUCAUUCUUUCCUUUACACGGAUCAGUCGUCCUGGUCCCUUUUCAGAAAAACAGCCCCAAAGUAUGAUGUUUCCACCCCCAUGCUUCACAGUAGGUAUGGUGUUCUUUGGAUGCAACUCAGCAUUCUUUGUCCUCCAAACACGGCGAGUUGAGUUUUUACCAAAAAGUUCUCUUUUGGUUUCAUCUGACCAUAUGACAUUCUCCCAAUCCUCUUCUGGAUCAUCCAAAUGCACUCUAGCAAACUUCAGAUGGGCCUGGACAUGUACUGGCUUAAGCAGGGGGACACGUCUGGCACUGCAGGAUUUGAGUCCCUGCGGCGUAGUGUGUUACUGAUGGUAGGCUUUGUUACUUUGGUCCCAGCUCUCUGCAGGUCAUUCACUAGGUCCCCCCAUGUGGUUCUGGGAUUUUUGCUCACCGUUCUUGUGAUCAUUUUGACCCCACGGGCUGAGAUCAUGCGUGGAGCCCCAGAUCGAGGGAGAUUAUCAGUGGUCUUGUAUGUCUUCCAUUUCCUAAUAAUUGCUCCCACAGUUGAUUUCUUCAAACCAAGCUGCUUACCUAUUGCAGAUUCAGUCUUCCCAGCCUGGUGCAGGUCUACAAUUUUGUUUCUGGUGUCCUUUGACAGCUCUUUGGUCUUGGCCAUAGUGGAGUUUGGAGUGUGACUGUUUGAGGUUGUGGACAGGUGUCUUUUAUACUGAAAACAAGUUCAAACAGGUGCCAUUAAUACAGGUAACGAGUGGAGGACAGAGGAGCCUCUUCAAGAAGAAGUUACAGGUCUGUGAGAGCCAGAAAUACUUAUUUUCCACCAUAGUUUGCAAAUAAAUUCAUAAAAAAUCCUACAGUGUGAUUUUCUGGAUUUUUUUUCUUCUCAAUUUGUGUACCUAUGAUGAAAAUGACAGGCCUCUCUCAUCUUUUUAAGUGGGAGAACUUGCACAAUUGGUGGCUGACUAAAUACUUUUUUCCCCCACUGUAUAUACACAUACUAAUCAGGGGGAAUGGGAACCAGGUGUGCGUAAUGAGACAAGACAGUCCGGGGUUGGUGGUAAUGAUCCAUGUCAGUGACGCCUAGAAAGCCGGUGACGUAGACCUCCGGAACUGGUGAAUGGAAUGAACAGCAGGACUGGGGGGAUCCGUGACACGAGCUCACUCACUAAGAUGACCUUAAGGUUAUGGUGAUGAACCUCUCCGUCAAGGCUUAGGGAUUCUUCACCAACAGUGCUCCGUUUUUAUUUAAACCAUUCUUUGAAGUUUGUCCUGUGUUUUGUAGUGGCCAAGUCUUCUCUCGUAUUCCCCCUUUCCAAGGCCUAUAGAGCCUAGUUUGAUUUCCUAGCUGGCUGGCUUCAAGCCCAGUGUUGUAACUGUAAUUAGGCCAAAGUCAUUACGGGGACAAGGACCCCUGAGGACCCCUGGGCUGCCCCUAGCUCUGCCUGCCAGUGAAGCGGUCACAAACCCCAUCAGAUAAAGCAGGAAGUGGCCCACCGUUUGAGGAUCAGAGUGUGUGUUAUCACAGGUCACAAACAUAUUAUACGUUACAUAGACACAUACACACACUGGAUACACACAGACUCAGAUACACACACACACAAAUGCUCACACACAUACUGUACACCAGUGGAAGCUAUAGGAGGAUGGGCUCGUUGUAAUUUCUGGAAUGGAAUGAAUGGAAUGGUAUCAAACACGUCAAACAUGGAAACCACAUGUUUGACUCCAUUCCAUUCUGUACUCAGGUACAGACACGAAUGCACAUAAACAGGAUACAGACAUAUACAGAGCCUUCAGAAAGUAUUCACACCCCUUGACUUUUUCCACAUUUUGUUGUGUUACAGCCUGAAUAAAAUUGAUUAAAUUCCAAUUUUUUUGUCACUGGCCUACACACAAUACUCCAUAAUGUCAAAGUGGAAUUAUGUUUUUUGAAAUGUUUACAAAUAAGUAAAAAAUGAAAAUGGAAAUGUCUUGAGUCAAUAAGUAUUCAACCCCUUUGUUAUGACAAGCCUAAAUAAGUUCAGGAGUAAACAUUUGCUUAACAAGUCACAUAAUAAGUAUGGACUCACUCUGUGUGCAAUAAUAGUGUUUAACAUGAUUUUUGAAUGACUACCUCAUCUUUGUACCCCACACAUACAAUUAUCUGUAAGGUCCCUCAGUCAAGCAGUGAAUUUCAAACACAGAUUCAACCACAUAGACCAGAGAGGUUUUCCAAUGCCUCGCAAAGAUAUAUCCCUUUGAGCAUGGUGAAGUUAUUUAUUACACUUUGGAUGGUGUAUCAAUACACCCAGUCACUGCAAAGAUACAGGCGUCCUUCCUAACUCAGUUACCGGAGAGAAAGGAAACCACUCAGGGAUUUCACCAUGAGGCGAAUGGUGACUUUAAAACAGUUACAGAGUUUAAUGGCUGUGAUAGGAGGAAACUGAGGAUGGAUCAACAACAUUGUAGUUACGCCACAAUACUAACCUAAUUGACAGAGUGAAAAGAAGGAAACCUGUACAGAAUAACAAAUAUUCCAAAACAUGCAUCCUGUUUGCAAUAAGGCACUAAAGUAAUACUGGAAAAAAUGUGGAAAAGCAAUCAACUUUUUGUCCUGAAUACAAAGUUUAUGUUUGGGGCAAAUCCAAUACAACACAUUACUGAGUACCACUCUCCAUAUUGUCAAGCGUAGUGGUGGCUACAUCAUGUUAUGGGUAUGCUUGUAAUCGUUAAGGACUGGAUAAAAAAUCAACGGAAUGGAGCUAGAGGUAAACCAGUUCAGUUUGCUUUCCAUCAGACACUGGGUGAUGAAUUUACCUUUCAGUAGGACAAUAAGCUAAAACACAAGGCCAAAUCUACACUGGAGUUGCGUGCAAAGAAGACAGUGAAUGUUCCUGAGUGGCCGAGUUACAGUUUUGACUAAAAAUGGCUUGAAAAUCUAUGGCAAGACCUGAAAAUGGUUGUCCAGCAAUGAUCAACAAUUAAUUUGACAAAGCUUGAAGAAUUCUAAAAAGAAUAAUGGGCAAAUGUUUCACAAUCCAGGUGUGGCAAGCUCUUAGCGACUUACCCAGAAAGACUCACAGCUGUAAUCGCUGCCAAAGGUGAUUCUAGCAUGUAUUGACUCAGGGGGUUGAAUACUUAUCUAAUCAAGAUAUUAGUGUUUUAUUUUUCAUGAUUUUUAUUUUUACAAAUGUUAGAAUUUUUCUUCCACUUUGACAUUACAGAGUAUUUUGUGUAGAUCGUUAACAAAGAAAAUGACAAUUAAAUCCAUUUUAAUCCCAUUUUGUAACACAACACAAUGUGGAUUAAGUCCAGGGGUGUGAACACUUUCUGAAGGUAAUGUACUGUAUACUGUACUCAGACAUGAAUACCCAUAAACUGGAUACACCUUCUCUUGCACGUAAACUGUUUAUACAUACACAAAUACAGACACAUGCACUGCUUACAAACCAAACUGUGAACACAAACACAUACUGUGUACACAAACAUGUGUAUACAUCCACCGGCUUAUAUGCACACAAAUAUACAAAUAUACACCCUAAUAUGUACAUUCUCCAAAUUGAAGGAACAGCUGAUGUGAUAAUUAAUUCAGGAAUUAAGAUGAUAGCCGUUUUACACAGACAGACAUACAGUCAGACAGACAGGAAGACACACACACACACUGCCCUGGUUCCUUCCUUUCACGUGCUUGUGCAACGCAAUGUUUCCCGUGCAGGUAUCUGGGUUCAAAGGGUAUAGUGUGUACUACAGACACAGUCCAGACCCCUGCAGCCAGACAGACAGACAGACAGACAGACAGACACAGUCCAGACCCCAGCAGCCAGACAGACAGACAGACAUAGGGCAGACCCCAGCAGCCAGACAGACAGACCGACAGGGCAGCGGUAAGGGAAGGUUAAUGUCACCACUCAAGUCUAUGCGUCAGACAAAUGCAUCAGACCCAUACUCCCAAGUCUACCGCGUCAAAUAUUUAAACUUCUUAAUCUUUUUCUUACCUGGGAAGUAGUCUAUUGGCCAAAGUGACUGUCUGCAGCUGACAGCUCAUGCUUUUUUAAUGAUGAAAUUUGGGUGAACUAUCCCUUUAAGGAGCAUUUAGGGGUGUUCAUAGCGAGGCUUCUCCUCAUUCGUGUUCAUUAUCUCUCAACAUGACUUAAAUUUGACCUAAUCUCAGCACCCAGAACCAAGUCUCUCGUGUGCUCUCCUAGCCAGCUGCUCAAUGUUUUUGUCUGUCACAAGAAACUGUUUUACCAGACCCCCCCAAUACAUAUACCGUUUCUGAAACCUGUCUUGAGUACCACCAGCCAUUCCUUUUUUUUUUUUACAGUCCCUCCCCUUUUGUAUUUAUUGGACAGGAUAGAGAGAAACAAGUAUAGAAGGACACAAAGUGCUACAGCGCAGUGGGACGGAUUGGAACCCAUGCUGGCAGCGGCAGUACACAGUGCAUGUUACCAAGAGGCAGCGGACCACCCCAGCCAUUGCAUGUAUUUGAUGUAUUUCAGUGCAAGGACACCUGAUUCAAAUGAUCAACUAAUCAUUAAAUAAAAUAAAAUGUUAUUUGUCACAUGCUUCGUAAACAACCGGUGUAGACUAACAGUGAAAUGCUUACUUACAGGUCCUUUUCCAACAAUGCAGAGUUAAAGAUGUAAAAACAUACAAACAUAAAAUAAAUAGUGACACGAGGAAUAAAUACACAGUGAAUAACAAAUAACAAUAAUGAGUUAAAAUAACAUGGCUAUAUACAGGAAGUAGAAAAUAACAUGACUAUAUACAGGAAGUAGAAAAUAACAUAGCUAUAUACAGGGAGUAUAAAAUACCAUGGUUAUAUACAGGGAGUAUAAAAUAACAUGGUUAUAUACAGGGAGUAGAAAAUAACAUAGCUAUAUACAGGGAGUAUAAAAUAACAUGGCUAUAUACAGGGAGUAUAAAAUAACAUGGUUAUAUACAGGGAGUAGAAAAUAACAUAGCUAUAUACAGGGAGUAUAAAAUAACAUGGUUAUAGACAGGGAGUAUAAAAUAACAUGGUUAUAGACAGGGAGUAGAAAAUAAUAUAGCUAUAUACAGGGAGUAUAAAAUAACAUGGCUAUAUACAGGGAGUACCAGUACCAAGUCGAUCACGCCCCUCAUUAGUGGAAUCAGGUGUGAUUGUCCUGAAAUAAGUGGAACAGUAGGGUUACUUGAGGAGGGGUUUGGGAAACACUGGUGUAGCUAUUACAAUGUCAUACAAGUACUGCAUUAUGAAUGUAAAGGUGCGUUUCUUUGGCAUCUGCCAGGAGAUCGCAGUUUCCAUGUCAACGACGUCGACGUCCAGGUCGAGUUCAAGUCCCAUCAGUGGUUUGGGGCGACGGUGCGUUCCCAUGGCAACACUGUUCUGGUAAGAUAGGCUUCUACGUUCUGUGGAAUAGAAGGGAAUAGGUCAUCAUCUAACUCUCCUGUUAGAAUUGCUCACAGAAAUAUAUAUAUACAGUAUCUCACAAAAGUAAGUACACCCCUCACAUUUUUGUAAAUAUUUGAGUAUAUCUUUUCAUGUGACAACACUGAAGAAAUGACACUUUGCUACAAUGUAAAGUAGUGAGUGUACAGCUUGUAUAACAGUGUAAAUUUGCUGUCCCCUCAAAAUAACACAACACACAGCCAUUCAUGUCUAAACAGCUGGCAACAAAAUUGAGUACACCCUUAAGUGAAAAUGUCCAAAUUGGGCCCAAAGUGUCAAUAUUUUGUGUGGCCACCAUCAUCUUCCAGCACUGCCUUAACCCUCUUGGGCAUGGAGUUCACCAGAGCUUCACAGGUUGCCACUGGAGUCCUCUUCCACUCCUCCAUGACGACAUCACAGAGCUGGUGGAUGUUAGAGACCUUGUACUCUUCCACCUUCUGUUUGAGGAUGCCCCACAGAUGCUCAAUAGGGUUUAGGUCUGGAGACAUGCUUGGCCAGUCCAUCACCUUUACCCUCAGCUUCUUUAGCAAGGCAGUGGUCGUCUUGGAGGUGUAUUUGGGGUCGUUAUCAUGUUGGAAUACUGCCCUGCGGCCCAGUCUCCGAAAGGAGGGGAUCAUGCUCUGCUUCAGUAUGUCACAGUACAUGUUGGCAUUCAUGGUUCCCUCAAUGAACUGUAGCUCCCCAGUGCUGGCAGCACUCAUGCAGCCCCAGACCAUGACACUCCCACCACCAUGCUUGACUGUAGGCAAGACCUGGUUGCCGCCACACACGCUUGACACCAUCUGAACCAAAUAAGUUUAUCUUGGUCUCAUCAGACCACAGGACAUGGUUCCAGUAAUCCAUGUCCUUAGUCUGCUUGUCUUCAGCAAACUGUUUGCGGGCUUUCUUGUGCAUCAUCUUUAGAAGAGGCUUCCUUCUGGGACAACAGCCAUGCAGACCAAUUUGAUGCAGUGUGCGGCGUAUGGUCUGAGCACUGACAGGCUGACCCCCCCACCCCUUCAACCUCUGCAGCAAUGCUGGCAGCACUCAUACAUAUGUCUAUUUCCCAAAGACAACCUCUGGAAAUGACGCUGAGCAUGUGCACUCAACUUCUUUGGUCGACCAUGGCGAGGCCUGUUCUGAGAGUAAUUGGGCCCAAUUUUGACAUUUUCACAUAGGGGUGUACUCACUUUUGUUGCCAGCGGUUUAGACAUUAAUGGCUGUGUGUUGAGUUAUUUUGAGGGGACAGCAAAUGUACACUUAUACAAGCUGUACACUCACUACUUUACAUUGUAGCAAAGUGUCAUUUCUUCAGUGUUGUCACAUGAAAAGAUAUACUCAAAUAUUUACAAAAAUGUGAGGGGUGUACUCACUUUUGUGAGAUACUGUGUAUAUAUAAUUUUAUUUGGAUUUUGAUAUCGUUCACAAGUUCUACCACAAGUCGACCACAGGAGGUUGAUGGCACCUUAAUUGGGGAGGACAGGCUCGUGGUAAUGGCUGGAGCGGAAUGAGGGGAACGGUAUGAAAUACAACAAACACAUGGUUUGAUACCAUUCCAUUUGCUCCAUUCUAGACAUUAUUAUGAGCCGUCCUCCCCUCAGCAGCCUCCACUGAAGUCGACCAUAGCCCCAGUCAUAAAAAGCUUUUCAGUAUGUGUCGGUGAUGCCUAUCAACAUCCGACAGUUGAUAGUUGUGAAGUUCUUGUGUGUUGUUUUGAAUUCUAAUCUUGUCUAACUCCUCUCUUGAAUGUGUCCAAGGCUUGUGCCCCGAGGUAUUACUGGAGAAUGGAACAUGACGCCCCCUUCUCGGACGCCACAGGAACCUGCUACCUCUCCGUGGACAACCUCAAGACGUUUGUGGAGUACGCCCCCUGUCGCACAGGUACAGUACUGCAACGACAUCCUGAUCCAAAAUACUGUACCUGAAGUCAAUUGAAUGAAGUAGUGACGAAACGUGCAGCCACAGGUUUGUCUUGUGAGGGUGAGGGCCGAAUCUUGACUUUAGAUCCAACUUUAACUUUCUUGUAAAUUGACCACUGAUGUCAAUGGGAGGUUUGUUUGCGCACAAUGUUAUGAUACUGCCCAGGGCCAGGUUUCCUGAUAGCGAUGGAGCUUACGCUUACGAGAGUUUUAAAGAUGCACCUUUCCUACAACGGCCGAAGAUGUAACCCGCUUUUCCCAAUACACCACGCAGAGAGAACGUUCGCUAAGGCCAUCGUUGGAACAUGUGUCGAUACUGAUAGGAUCGAAAUAAAGGGAGUGUUACUCUCGGAUCAGCUUUCCCCAUUCAAAUCUUACUUUAACAUUAUAAUUAUUUCACAAUACUUACGACAGAUCAGCUCCUAGAGAGAUAUUACCACCUACGGCUGCAAUUAUUGAGGCGGCUUUUUCUAAUGCUUACCCAAUAAAAAUGCACUGAAUCACAGAAUUGGCACAUUGGGUGGUCCUCUGUAGCUCAAUUGGUAGAGCAUGGCGCUUGUAACCCCAGGGUAGUGGGUUCGAUCGCCGGGACCACCCAUACCUAAAAAUGUAUGCACACAUGACUGUAAGUCGCUUUGGAUAAAAGCGUCUGCUAAAGGGCAUAUUAUUAUUAUUAUUGCGCACGUUAGGCUACACAUCAUGAAAUAUAUUUAGACAAAUUACAGACCGUAGCAAAAUAGAACUCAAUUGAUUGAAAGUUAAAUAUAUUUCAAUAUGAUUGAAAUAGGCCUAUAGCAUACUGUAUAUAUUUUAAUGCAGUCAUCUCGGUUUUCAUUUGAAGCAUAUUCUUAUAUGUUGCUUGUUUGCAUCAAUUGCAAAGACAUUGGUAACUUUGUAUUUGUAGUCAACUUUCUUGUGAAGUUAUCGGUGGUCACAGAGAAACGGAUAAACCAUGUAAUUCUAUGUUUAGCGGAGAUCUGUGAAUAAAGUGACGCGGGAAGGCAAAAAAACAUCUAACGGCGCACUUAGCUGUUCUGAGUGGUCUGAGGCAGGCGUUAGAUUACACUUUUUUCAAGUGCAACGUAAAUAACAAUGGGAAACAGCUCAGAUAUUUAACGAUUCUCCUACAAAGGUUCUAACGAUGAACUUAGCCUUUUGGAUGCUUUUGGGAAACCGGGCCCUGGAUGGGCCAUUUGGGUGGUGGCCUUUUCAAUGUGUUCUGCAUCGCUUCCUUUUACCUCAGAGAGACAUGGUCCCGCAGGGCAGGGCUACUGUCAGGGUGGGUUCAGUGCUGACUUCACCAAGGUACGUAGAAGAGGACAAGUAACAAUUCAUUAACAAAUCAUUUAAAAUAGAUUAUCUUUGAGUGUUUAAAGGGGAGAACUCCUUAUGUUCUUGGGUGCUGUUCCAGAAAGCAGGAUCAAUAAGUUAGAGAUUUUUUGUAUGGGGCGGCAGGUAGCCCCUCCGCACCUCUCUAAAAACCUGUGUAUAUAAUGUAUGUGUGUUUUUCGGAGGGGUUGGGUUAAAAGUGGAAGUAACAUUUUGGUUGGACCUUGUGUGCAAUUGACCAAUAAAGUAAUUUUAAUCUUAGCCAGGUAACUGUCCCAGAAAUUCUGAAUGAACUUCCAAUUAACUUUCAAGAAAUAUAGACUUGAAAUUGGCAUUGUAUAAUUGACUCAACAACAAACAACCCAUAUUCAGUUUUGCUUUCUGAAUGAUUCAGGAAAUCAAGACAUAUCUGUCUGCUUAUCAAAGUAAGCUGGCUAACUGAAUGAUCAUGCUUUCUGGAACAGCCCACUGUAUGCAUACUGUACAGUCCUGGUCAAAAGUUUUGAGAAUGACACAAAUACUGAUUUUCACAAAGUCUGCUGCCUCAGUUUUGAUGAUGGCAAUUUGCAUAUACUCCAGAAUGUCAUGAAGAGUGAUCAGAUGAAUUGCAAUUAAUUGCAAAGUCAUUGUUCUUCCUCUGUUAACCAUGGUUACCUGCAAGGAAACACGUGCCGUCAUCAUUGCUUUGCACAAAAAGGGCUUCCCAGGCAAGGAUAUUGCUGCUAGUAAGACUGCACCUAAAUCAACCAUUUAUCGGAUCAUCAAGAACUUCAAGGAGAGAGGUUCAAUUGUUGUGAAGAAGGCGUCAGAGCGCCCAAGAAAGUUCAGCAAGCGCCAGGACCAUCUCCUAAAGUUGAUUCAGCUGCGGGAUCGGGGCACCACCAGUGCAGAGCUUGCUCAGGAAUGGCAGCAGGCAGGUGCGAGUCCAUCUGUAUGCACAGUGAGGCGAAGACUUUUGGAGGAUGGCCUGGUGUCAAGAAGGGCAGCAAAGAAGCCACUUCUCUCCAGGAAAAACAUCAGGGACAGACUGAUAUUCUGCAAAAGGUACAGGGAUUGGACUGCUGAGGACUGGGGUAAAGUAAUUUUCUCUGAUGAAUCCCCUUUCCGAUUGUUUGGGGCAUCCGGAAAACAGCUUGUCCGGAGAAGACAAGGUGAGCGCUACCAUCAGUCCUGUGUCAUGCCAACAGUAAAGCAUCCUGAGACCAUUCAUGUGUGGGGUUGCUUCUCAGCCAAGGGAGUGGGCUCACUCACAAUUUUGCCUAAGAACACAGCCAUGAAUAAAGAAUGGUACCAACACAUCCUCCGAAAGCAACUUCUCCCAACCAUCCAAGAACAGUUUGGUGAUGACCAAUGCCUUUUCCAGCAUGAUGGAGCACCUUGCCAUAAGGCAAAAGUGAUAACUAAGUGGCUCGGGGAACAAAACAUCGACAUUUUGGGUCCAUGGCCAGGAAACUCCCCAGACCUUAAUCCCAUUGAGAACUUGUGGUCGAUCCUCAAGAGGCAGGUGGACAAACAAAACCCCACAAAUUCUGACAAACUCCAAGCAUUGAUUAUGCAAGAAUGGGCUGCCAUCAGUCAGGAUGUGGCCCAGAAGUUAAUUGACAGCAUUCCAGGGCAGAUUGCAGAGGUCUUGAAAAAGAAGGGUGAACACUGCAAAUAUUGACUCUUUACAUAAACUUAAUGUAAUUGUCAAUAAAAGCCUUUGACACUUAUGGAAUGCUUGUAAUUAUACUUCAGUAUACCAUAGUAACAUCUGAGAAAAAUAUCUCAUAACACUGAAGCAGCGAACUUUGUAAAGACCAAUACUUGUCAUUCUCAAAACAUUUGACCACGACUGUAUGUUUAGCCACAUAACAUAAGACUUACAUGGAGUUUCAAAAGUUUGAAAACUUGCUUGAUACCUAAGGUGCUCAUCAGAGUGGUGGUUUUCUGUGUGUUUCAGGAUGGGAAGAUUGUUCUUGGAGGACCAGGAAGCUUUUACUGGCAAGGUGAGUGCGCUAUUAGAUUUAUGAUUGGAUCCUAUUGGGACCAUGUGUGGAUUUCUAUGAAUUGGCUCAAGUACAGUAUGUAGAGAUAGCAUACAGUACAGUAGUUCACUAUACUGGGAAUUCCCACUCUCUCAUUUUUCCUUUUUAUUAGACAGGUACAAUGGAGAGAGACAGGUACAGUGGAGAAAGACAGGUACAGUGGAGAAAGACAGGUACAGUGGAGAGAGACAGGUACAGUGGAGAGGGACAGGUACAGUGGAGAGUACAGUACAUGGAGGACAGGUACAGUGGAGAGAGACAGGUACAGUGAGAAAGACGGUACAGUGGAGAAAGAGGACAGUGGAGAGACAGGUACAGUGGAGAAAGACAGGUACAGUGGAGAGAGACAGGUACAGUGGAGAAAGACAGGUACAGUAGAGAAGACAGGUACAGUGGAGUGAGACAGGUACAGUGGAGAGAGACAGGUACAGUGGAGAGAGACAGGUACAGUGGAGAGAGACAGGUACAGUGGAGAAAGACAGGUACAGUGGAGAGAGACAGGUACUGUGGAGAUAGACAGGUACGUUGGAGAAGGACAGGUACAGUGGAGAUAGACAGGUACAGUGGAGAGAGACAGGUACAGUGGAGAGAGACAGGUACAGUGGAGAUAGACAGGUACAGUGGAGAGAGACAGGUACAGUGGAGAAAGACAGGUACAGUGGAGAAAGACAGGUACAGUGGAGAGAGACAGGUACAGUGGAGAGAGACAGGUACAGUGGAGUGAGACAGGUACAGUGGAGAGAGACAGGUACAGUGGAGAGAGACAGGUACAGUGGAGAAAGACAGGUACAGUUGAGAAGGACAGGUACAGUGGAGAUAGAAAGGUACAGUGGAGAUAGACAGGUACAGUGGAGAGAGACAGGUACAGUGGAGAAAGACAGGUACAGUGGAGAGAGACAGGUACAGUGGAGAUAGACAGUGUACCAGUGGAGAUAGACAGGUACAGUGGAGAGAGACAGGUACAGUGGAGAAGACGUACAGUGGAGAAGACAGGUACAGUGGAGAGAGACAGGUACAGUGGAGAGAGACAGGUACAGUGGAGAGCGUGGAGAAGACAGUACAGUGAGAAGACAGGUACAGUGGAGAGAGACAGGUACAGUGGAGAGAGACAGGUACAGUGGAGAAAGACAGGUACAGUGGAGAAAGACAGGUACAGUGGAGAGAGACAGGUACAGUGGAGAGAGACAGGUACAGUGGAGAGAGACAGGUACAGUGGAGAGAGACAGGUACAGUGGAGAGAGACAGGUACAGUGGAGAUAGACAGGUACAGUGGAGAAGACAGGUACAGUGGGAGAGACAGGUACGUGGAGAGACGUACAGUGGAGAGAGACAGGUACAGUGGAGAAGACAGGUACAGUGGAGAAGACAGGUACAGUGGAGAAGACAGGUACAGUGGAGAGAGACAGGUACAGUGGAGAGAGACAGGUACAGUGGAGAGAAGACAGGUACAGUGGAGAAGACAGGUACGUGGAGAAGACAGGUACAGUGAGAGAAGACAGGUACAGUGGAGAGAGACAGGUACAGUGGAGAGAGACAGGUACAGUGGAGAGAGACAGGUACAGUGAGGGACAGGAGGAGGACAGGUACAGUGGAGAUAGACAGGUACAGUGGAGAAAGACAGGUACAGUGGAGAGAGACAGGUACUGUGGAGAGAGACAGGUACAGUGGAGAGAGACAGGUACAGUGGUGAGAGACAGGUACAGUGGAGAGAGACAGGUACAGUGGUGAUAGACAGGUACAGUGGAGAGAGACAGGUACUGUAGAGAGAGACAGGUACAGUGGAGAGAGACAGGUACAGUGGAGAGAGAGAGGUACAGUGGCGAGAGACAGGUACAGUGGAGAAAGACAGGUACAGUGGAGAGAGACAGGUACAGUGGAGAGAGACAGGUACAGUGGAGAGAGAUUUGUGUGUGUCAGUAUAGCGAAAGGCGGGAUUAGAACCUGCGCAGACAACGGCAUAUUGUUCCCCAAGCGGCAAAGUUACCCCCUACACCCUCCACAGGGCCAAACUUCAACAGUCAUUUUAGUGCAGCUAAAAAACAUAGUUCAAAAGUCUCGGCUCUUGUCUUAACCCCUGACCUCUGACUCUUUUCUCCAUCCUUUCCGGCUUACAGGUCAACUGAUCUCAGCCACCACAGAGGAAAUUGUCAAGGCCUACUUCCCUUCCUACUUCCUGCUCUCUGUUACUGGGCAGAUCCAGACUCGGCAGGUGCAGGGGAGCUAUGACGACAGCUACCUCGGUUAGCAUGGUCCACUUCUUCAUAGGAGCUACAGUAGCUAGAGGCUGCAUCUGACACCCUAUUCCCCUCACAGUGCACUGCUUUUGACCAGAGCUCUAAGUGGUGGCCUUUCUUGAUUUCUCAUUUCUCUCUCUCUCUCUCUCUCUCUCUCUCUCUCUCUCUCUCUCUCUCUCUCUCUCUCUCUCUCUCUCUCUCUCUCUCUCUCUCUCUCUCUCUCUCGCUCUCUCUCUCUCACUCUCUAGGUUACUCUGUUGCCGGUGGGGAGUUCAGUGGAGAUAAUAUUGAAGGUGAGGGCAGCAUAUUUACAGUGCCGACUUACUUGCUCGAGCAUGAUUGGGCUUUGGGUUUGCUUACGCCAUAGCUCUGUCUAAUAGUUAACCAUCUAAAGACUCCCUAUGCUCUAAUAUACUAAUGUGCUCUAGUCAUUAGAGCGCUAAUAAUUAGAACGCUAGUCAUUAGAGCGCUAGUCAUUAGAGCAUUAGUCAUUAGAGCGCUGGUCAUUAGAGCGCUAGUCAUUAGACUGCUAGUCAUUAGAGUGCUAGUCAUUAGAGCGCUUGUCAUUAGAGUGUUAGUCAUUAGAGCGCUAGUCAUUAGAGCGCUAAUAAUUAGAACGCUAGUCAUUAGAGUGCUAGUCAUUAGAGCGCUAGUCAUUAGAGCGCCAGUCAUUAGAGUGUUAGUCAUUAGAGCGCUAGUCAUUAGAGCGCUAGUCAUUAGAGCGCUCUUAGAGCAUAAGUCAUUAGAGCGCUAGUCAUCAGAGCACUAGUCAUUAGAGUGCUAGUCAUUCGAGCGCUAGUCAUUAGAGCAUUAGUCAUUAGAGCACUGGUCAUUAGAGCACUAGUCAUUAGAGCAUUAGUCAUUAGAGCGCUAGUCAUUAGAGCACUCUUAGAGCAUUAGUCAUUAGAGCGCUAGUCAUUAGAGCGCUAGUCAUUAUAGUGUUAGUCAUUAGAGCGCUAGUCAUUAGAGCGCUAGUCAUUAGGGCAUUAGUCAUUAGGGCAUUAGUCAUUAGAGCAUUAGUCAUUAGAGCGCUGGUCAUUAGAGCGCUAGUCAUUAGAGCAUUAGUCAUUAGAGCGCUGGUCAAUAGAGCGCUAGUCUUUAGAGCGCUAGUCAUUAGAGUGCUAGUCAUUAGAGCGCUAGUCAUUAGAGUGUUAGUCAUCAGAGCGCUAGUCAUUAGAGCGCUAGUCAUUAGAGCGCUAAUAAUUAGAACGCUAGUCAUUAGAGUACUAGUCAUUAGAGCGCUAGUCAUUAGAGUGCCAGUCAUUAGAGUGUUAGUCAUUAGAGUGCUAGUCAUUAGAGCGCUAGUCAUUAGAGCGCUCUUAGAGCAUAAGUCAUUAGAGCGCUAGUCAUCAGAGCACUAGUCAUUAGAGUGCUAGUCAUUCGAGCGCUAGUCAUUAGAGCACUAGUCAUUAGAGCAUUAGUCAUUAGAGCACUGGUCAUUAGAGCGCUAGUCAUUAGAGCAUUAGUCAUUAGAGCGCUAGUCAUUAGAGCACUCUUAGAGCAUUAGGCAUUAGAGCGCUAGUAAUUGGAGCGCUAGUCAUUAUAGUGUUAGUCAUUAGAGCGCUAGUCAUUAGAGCUUCAGUCAUUAGAACGCGGGUCAUUAGAGCGCUAGUCAUUAGAGCAUUAGUCAUUAGAGCGCCAGUCAUUAGAGCGUUGGUCAUUAGAGCGCCAGUCAUUAGAGCGCUGGUCAUUAGAGCGCUAGUCAUUAGAGCGCUAGUCAUUAGAGUGCUAGUCAUUAGAGCCAUAAGUCAUUAGAGUGUUAGUCAUUAGAGCGCUAGUCAUUAGAGUGCUAGUCAUUAGAGCGCUAGUCAUUAGAGCGCUAAUAAUUAGAACGCUAGUCAUUAGAGUGCUAGUCAUUAGAGCGCUAGUCAUUAGAGUGCCAGUCAUUAGAGUGUUAGUCAUUAGAGCGCUAGUCAUUAGAGCGCUAGUCAUUAGAGCGCUCUUAGAGCAUAAGUCAUUAGAGCGCUAGUCAUCAGAGCACUAGUCAUUAGAGUGCUAGUCAUUUGAGCCUAGUCAUUAGAGCAUUAGUCAUUAGAGCACUGGUCAUUAGAGCGCUAGUCAUUAGAGCAUUAGUCAUUAGAGCGCCAGUCAUUAGAGCGCUAGUCAUGAUAGUGUUAGUCAUUAGAGCGCUAGUCAUUAGAGCAUCAGUCAUUAGAACGCUGGUCAUUAGAGCGCUAGUCAUUAGAGCAUUAGUCAUUAGAGCGCCAGUCAUUAGAGCGUUGGUCAUUAGAGCGCCAGUCAUUAGAGCGCUAGUCAUUAGAGUGUUAGUCAUUAGAGCGCAAGUCAUUAGCGCAUUAGUCAUUAGAGCGCCAGUCAUUAGAGCGUUGGUCAUUAGAGCGCCAGUCAUUAGAGCGCUAGUCAUUAGAGUGUUAGUCAUUAGAGCGCUGGUCAUUAGAGUGCUAGUCAUUAGAGCAUUAGUCAUUAGAGCGCUAGUCAUUAGAGCACUAGUCAUUAGAGUGUUAGUCAUUAGAGCAUGUGAGUAUAUCAGAGCAUAUGAUAAUAAUGUACUUAUCACAUGUCUUUCUAGUCUAUUGUAGUAAGAACUUAACAGAUAGUACUCUUGUAUAGAAGACACGUUUAAUACAAAGCGACUUGGCUCACACUAAUAUAUUUCCCUGAAGCUUGUCCAGUUCAGUAAGUCACUCAAAGCCACAACAGGAAUAUUUCCAACACUGGCUUAUUUUUUAAGAAAAUAAAAACUUGCACGCUGCGCUUGCCUGUAUCACUACAAUAUCAUAGAAUUCCCAUGCACCUGCAACAAACAAGCCUCAGCAUUUCCGUUUUUAAACACUGGGUUAUUACCAGAAAAGUUUGAACCCUUGUGUGUUCAUAUUUGGAGGUUAUUGGACUCAACUGCCCUCUCCAAUCUCAUAAACUUCCCUUCUCUCAUUCUCAUUUUCUGUCUUUGCAGAUUUCGUCACCGGAGUCCCCAAAGGACUCAUGCUGUAUGGUUUAGUAAGUCCUCACAUAUUUAUACAUAUUUCAUAAUUCAUUCUAGAUUCAAGUUAACGAGGGUUGACAUAGGGUUGACAUAGGGUUGACAUAGGGUUGACAUAGGGAUGACAUAGGGAUGACAUAGGGUUGACAUUGGGUUGACAUUGGGUUGACAUAGGGUUGACAUAGGGAUGACAUAAGGAUGACAUAGAACAGGGGCCGGCAACAGGCGGCUCACAGGCCAAAUCCGGACCGCAAGUGGGUUUUUUUGGGGCCGCCCAAAGAUUGUAUUCAAACAUAUUUUAGUUUUUGGUCAAAUAAGACUGUCAAAUCACCAGGAAUUCAGCUAAAACAAUGUAUUCAGGAAAUCUGUUCCCAAGUAUUCCUACAAAUAAAAAGAGAGACAUGCAGUAUGUGAUCAUGUCUCAGUGUAAUCAAGGUAAGAAAUUAUUGUUAUUUUCAAAUACAAUCUCUUUUUGGGUUUACUUGUGGUCAGUGUACAAAUUAUUAUGAUUAUGUUCCUGCCCCCCGACCACCCGCUCGGACAAAAAUCGGCCUGCGGCUGAAUCUAGUUGCCUACCCCUGACAUAGAGGUAACGUAUGUUACUGUAAAGAGAACAAGGGAGUGAGAGGACGCCAAAAUAUAAACAGGGGGAAUAUCCAUACAAAGAUACGGUAAAACAUUUUUAUUUGGUUACAUUCACAUCCACUGCAGGAAGUGAAUUAAUAGGGAGAUUUAAAGAGAUAAAUAUAUUUAACAUACAUAAACAACCCUAAAAUGCAUACAUAUUCAUAAAUACAUGUGUAACACGUGUUUUACAAUGGCCAGUCAUUUUGUUGAUGGUUCUACUACAAUCAUGGUUGAUAACUGAAGGUCUUUUCCCAACUCUCUCAAUGCAGGUGUCCAUACUCAAUGGAACAGAUCUGAAAUCCAUGCUGAACCUAACCGGAGAACAGGUUGGUGCACAUCUGCUUAACAGCAAGGGGGCUAGGCUAUACUGUACUUUUGGUGCCUCUGUUUUGAUAUGUGGGUAUAUAUAGCGGGGGUGCUGAAGGAAUUUGCCCCCAGGUGAUGGAGCCUGAUCCCUGGGUCAGAGGUGAGCCUACGUAGGCCUAUGUGUUCCAUAUGUUCUGAUUGAAUCAGAAACAGAGGCAGAAACAGCAGGCACACACACACACACACACACACACACACACACACACACACACACACACACACACACACUCACAAAGAAUAACGGCUACAUACUAACUCAGGAUUUUGUGUUGCUAACUGAGGGGGUGGGGAGCUUGUUUAUACCAACACGCCAUUGUGCCAAAGGGUCUGGAUUCCUCAUUCGCUAAAUUGGUUUUUGGAUUAAGUGACAUGGUUGCCUUUAUACUCUCGCAGUCUUCUAAAUUAUCCAUGGUUGAUAAACGAGACCCCUACUAUUAUACACAUGUAAGUGUGCUUAGUUUUUGUGUGUGUGUUUGUUGUUCUUGCUUCUGAUUCUGUAUGCGAGUGUCUGUGUGUGUGUCUGCCAGUGUUGGGGAAGCUACUCUAAGAAUAUAGUUGACCAAGCUACCAAUUUACUUGACACUGAAACAAGUUUAAGUUACACUAAAGCUACACUUAAGAAAAAUAUAGUGUACUUACUUCUAAAGUUACUUUGAAAAAGUAGUUCACUAUAUCCAAACUAUUUGGUGAAAAAUUAUCAUAUGCAAAUCUGAAAUGUCAUAGACUACAGAUUGCAAGAACAGAUCACUCUGGAGUCAGAUGUUAACAGAAUGUGUAAUUUAGCCUAUUAAACACAAAAACUAAGUUUCAAGUGAGAAUUAGGCAGGUCUGAUGCUGAAACAGAAAGGAAAUUACUACGUUACCCAUAUUUUCUAUUCUUUUUGCAAAAAAAGGUAGUGUGUAGCUCCAGUAAAUAGCUCCACCACUACAUGGUAAAACAGUUAACUACUGAAAACACUACUUAGAUGUGCAUUUAGUUCAACUAUCACUAAGCUACUGCAAAAUGUAAUUACAUUACUAGUUGAACUACAUGUAGUUCACUACUCCCCAACACUGGUGUCUGCAUGUGUGCAUGUUGGCGCAUGGGCUGUUACUUGCAAUGGGAAAUCAUUGCAAAACUUUGGGUUGAGGGUUCUGGGCAUAAGAAGCACAACAUGCUGUGUAAACAGCUAACUGACUGCUAACUGACUGCUAACUGACUGCUAACUGACUGCUAACUGACUGCUUACUGACUGCUAACUGACUGCUAACUGACUGCUAACUGACUGCUAACUGACUGCUAACUGACUGCUAACUGACUGCUGACUACAUAAGGAGAAUGAUCUGAAAUAAACUCUUGGCUGGAUUUGACUUGACGGACUCUUUAGGUUGACUUCUCUCCACAUGAGUGCUUGGACUGAACCGUCAGACUCAGCUGCGUAAACAAAGAAAUAAAAAGAAAGAGAGCAAGAAAAAAAGAGUUGUAUCUGCUUACCUCAGACCCCCGGGAGAUCUGGGUCUGUAGCUCAAUGUCUUGACGCUUGUGUUAGAUCUGGGUCUGAAGCUCAAUGUCUUGACGGUGUGUUAGAUCUGGGUCUGAAGCUCAAUGUCUUGACGGUGUGUUAGAUCUGGGUCUGAAGCUCAAUGUCUUCUUGACGGUUGUGUUAGAUCUGGGUCUGAAGCUCAAUGUCUUCUUGACGGUUGUGUUAGAUCUGGGUCUGAAGCUCAAUGUCUUCUUGAUGGUUGUGUUAGAUCUGGGUCUGAAGCUCAAUGUCUUGACGGCUGUUUUAGAUUUGGGUCUGAAGCUCAAUGUCUUGACGCUUGUGUUAGAUUUGGGUCUGAAGCUCAAUGUCUUCUUGACGGUUGUGUUAGAUCUGGGUCUGAAGCUCAAUGUCUUGACGGCUGUGUUAGAUUUGGGUCUGAAGCUCAAUGUCUUGACGCUUGUAUUAGAUUUGGGUCUGAAGCUCAAUGUCUUCUUGACGGUUGUGUUAGAUCUGGGUCUGAAGCUCAAUGUAUUGACGGUUGUGUUAGAUUUGGGUCUGAAGCUCAAUGUCUUGACGGUUGUGUUAGAUUUGGGUCUGAAACUCAAUUUCUUCUUGACGGUUGUGUUAGAUUUGAGUCUGAAGCUCAAUGUCUUCUUGACGGUUGUGUUAGAUUUGGGUCUGAAGUUCAAUGUCUUGACGGUUGUGUUAGAUUUGGGUCUGAAGCUCAAUGUCUUGACGGUUGUGUUAGAUCUGGGUCUGAAGCUCAAUGUCUUGACGGCUGUGUUAGAUUUGGGUCUGAAACUCAAUUUCUUCUUGACGGUUGUGUUAGAUUUGGGUCUGAAGCUCAAUGUCUUCUUGACGGUUGUGUUAGAUCCGGGUCUGAAGCUCAAUGUAUUGACGGUUGUGUUAGAUUUGGGUCUGAAGCUCAAUGUCUUGACGGUUGUGUUAGAUUUGGGUCUGAAACUCAAUUUCUUCUUGACGGUUGUGUUAGAUUUGAGUCUGAAGCUCAAUGUCUUCUUGACGGUUGUGUUAGAUUUGGGUCUGAAGCUCAAUGUCUUGACGGUUGUGUUAGAUUUGGGUCUGAAGCUCAAUGUCUUGACGGUUGUGUUAGAUUUGGGUCUGAAGCUCAAUGUCUUGACGGUUGUGUUAGAUUUGGGUCUGAAGCUCAAUGUCUUGACGGUUGUUAGAUUUGAGUCUGAAGCUCAAUGUCUUGACGGUUAUGUUAGAUUUGGGUCUGAAGCUCAAUGUCUUGACGGUUGUGUUAGAUUUGGGUCUGAAGCUCAAUGUCUUGACGGUUAUGUUAAAUUUUGACGAGGUUUAGUGUUUUAGUUUGCGGACCCACUCCAAACAAAAGAAAAGACUGCCUGUGUCACAGAAUCAGCCGAGGCUGCUCCUCCUCCUUGCUCGGGCAGGCUUCGGCGUUCGUCGUCCCCGGAGUACUAGCUGCCACCGAUCUAUGUUUCUGUGUUUGACUUGUUUUGUCUUGAUUGGGUACACCUGUUUCCUAUUAUGUUGUAUUGUAUUCCCUAUUUAACCCUCUGUCAUUCAUUGUGUGUUGUGUGUGAUUGUUCUCGUCAUUUUCGGCAGUUGCUAUUGUGCGGGUAUUCUCCUCCCUGUUUGGAGGUUGUUUUGUACUCUGGUUACUUUGUUAGUAAAAGUACGUUUCCAGUAGCUCGGUGUCCUGCGUUUGACUUCGCCUACCGCAUUCACGUUGCCCUUUGACAGCCUGCACGGGCACUAGACUGUUUUCUGCCUUACAUAGUUUCCCAGCCAAGACAAUGACACAUAGGCUACAGUGGAAACACAAGAAAACUGCCAUUAGCUGUUGAAAGAAUGACGGCAGCCAAGAGUCAAGACACAUACUUCAGUGCUUUUGGCUGUUCAGUAUAUUAUGGCACCUCAAUCACUUUAUUAUUGAGAUGUACAGUAUACAGUAUGUCUCCGUACCAUACAUUUACAUGACUCCAUACAAGUAGCCAUAUCAUGAAGUUAAUCUUGCUGCUGUAUGUUGGUUAGAGUAUACUGCAGUGAAUUCUGGGGGUAGCCCAGACUGGGAUUCAAAUCCGGGUCCAGCAACUGUCAACCCAACACCUUAACCGUUACACCAAGAGAUCUGAACCUCUUGUCGAGGUCGCUAGGUGUUGGGUUAAGGUAGCUACACUACUGUAGUUCUAACAUCACUAACUCUCAAGUUCACAGAAGGACCCCAUCCUGCACAUUUUCAAUCAGUGUGGGGAAGUCAUUCACCAGAGGAGAAUAGCUGUAAUAUAAAACUCUUGACAAUAGUCCGUCAUUUAAGGCAUAAUAUAAAAUCGUCAAAGAUAACGACACUGAGUGACCCAUCCUCUCUCUCUCACUGAGAUGCCUAUAGCAACUUGAGUCCUCCACAUCCUCCAAACGCUUAGCUACCCUCUUCUACCGCUCAUGUAGCUUCCAGAAGCUCUGGAGAAAACAGAGAGGAGAGAGGGAGCCGAAGGGGAUGGAUUUGGGGGCCUGAUUGAAGAGGAAGGCUUCUGGGGUGAAGGGAUAUGAGAGAGAGAGACAGAGAGGGAGGGAGGGAGGGAGAGACAAAUAAAAAUAGAGACAAAUAGAGAGAGGAAAGCUUCUGGGUAGAGGGGAUAUAAGAGAGAGAAUGAUAAAAAGAGAGAAAGAAGGAGAAAGAAAGAUAUACUAUGCCCCACAGUGUGAUUACAGGCUAAAUCUGUCUGCUCUAAUGUCUUCCAGAUGGGUUCCUAUUUCGGCUACGCAGUGGCAGCCACCGACAUCAACAACGACGGGUAAGUGAGUUAGCGGACGGAGAGAAGGAGAGAAAGAUGAAGAAAAGGAAGGAAAGAGAGAGCCGAAGAGAGAAAGAGAGAUGCAGAGAGAAAGAGAGACAAAGAGAAGGCAGGUAUGGCAAGACAUGGACAGACAGACUUGGACAGACAGACUUGGACAGACAGACCUGGGCAGACAGACUGACAUGGAAGACAGACUUGGACAGACAGACUUGAGCAGACAGACUUGGGAAUACAGGCUUGGCCAGACAGACUUGUGCAGACAGACUUGGGCAGACUCCUGACUAUCCUAUUAGAAUGAUAGUCAGGAGCCUCAGGAAGACUCACCAUAGAGGGAUAGGACACUAUCCUAUUAGAAUGAUAGUCAGGAGCCUCAGGAAGACUCACCAUAGAGGGAUAGGACACUAUCCUAUUAGAAUGAUAGUCAGGAGCCUCAGGAAGACUCACCAUAGAGGGAUAGGACACUCUCCUAUUAGAAUGAUAGUCAGGAGCCUCAGGAAGACUCACCAUAGAGGGAUAGGACACUAUCCUAUUAGAAUGAUAGUCAGGAGCCUCAGGAAGACUCACCAUAGAGGGAUAGGACACUAUCCUAUUAGAAUGAUAGUCAGGAGCCUCAGGAAGACUCACCAUAGAGGGAUAGGACACUAUCCUAUUAGAAUGAUAGUCAGGAGCCUCAGGAAGACUCACCAUAGAGGGAUAGGACAUUUUCUAAGUGCAUACAAUGUAAAUCUGCAACAUCGACCUUCACACCUACUACACUAAUACACACUGACUCAACUUUAGAGGCCUUGGAUUGGACCUAGUCAACUUCUCCUCCCCUCCCCUCACUUUCCCCCCACCUUACCCCCCCCCCCCCCGGCCUCAGUCUGGAUGACCUGGUGGUGGGCGCUCCCAUGUUCAUGCGGAGGGGGUCUGACGGACUGCGUUGGGAGGAGGUGGGCCGUGUCUAUGUGUACCUGCAGCGGCGUCCCCUGCUGUUUGAGCCCAGCCUGCCCCCCCUGGGGGGGAGCCAUGCCUUCGGGAGGUUUGGCAGCUCCCUGGCCCCGCUGGGAGACCUCAACCAGGACGGCUUCAACGGUGAGCACUCUGGAAAAGCUUGGGUCAUAUUUAUUAAGGAACAAUGUAGCAAAACAUUUUGCAACAGAAAACAAAAAUUAGGAUUUGUUAUUGGACAAGUUAAGGUAGUCCCUCCCUUUUUUGGGGUCAGUUUCCCCCCCCGUUUGGUGCCUACGGGAUUAUCAUCUUUCAUGCAAGAACAUAACUAAGCUCAGGGCAGAGGGAGUGGGGAUUAGCCAUUAUGAGGUGUCAUAACUUUGUUGAUUAUCUGUUGAUUAUCUUAGAUAUUGCAAUUGGCUGUCCCUUCGGCGGAGACGACCAACAGGGAUUGGUCCUCAUCUAUAACGGGCACGCCAGUGGGCUGAAGGACACGCCCACUCAGGCUCUAGCUGGCCAAUGGGCCUCUGGCACCUUUCCUGCCAGUUUUGGCUAUGCCCUCCGCGGAAAUAAAGAUCUGGACCAGAAUGGGUACCCAGGUAAAAUUAUUUUGUUUUGUUUUUAAUUGUUUUGCCUUUUACAAUUUCUUAUUAGUGUUAAUAUUGGUGUCAUCUUUGUACAGAUCUCAUCGUAGGUGCUUUUGGGGCUGACAAGGCUGUUCUGUACAGGUAUGUGCUCUCACCAGAACUUGUUUGGCUCAUUGUGGAUGCAAAUAAGCUUGCUGACCAAUUACAGCAAUUUAUUUUUAUUUUAAUUGUUAAAUUAAACAUGUACCUCAACUGAAAGCAUUGUUUUAUAUUUGACCUUUAUGUAAUUUGAAUUACAUUUUUGUAUUGGAAUCAACGCUUUUAAUCAAGGUAAUCACAUCUUCCAAUUGGUUGGUAUUUUUCUAUCAGGGCUCGGCCUAUUGUCAACGCCAGUGCUUCUCUUACUGUGCAACCUACCAUGAUCAACUCAGAGGAGAAGGGUUGUAUGGUGUCCAAUGGGAACAAGACUAUCUCUGUGUCUUGGUACGUUGAUACAUCCUUUUUCUUUUUCAAAAUAAUCUGAUUGGUUGAAACCCCACUGAUAUUCCAUCAGUGAACUGAGGCAGCUAGAUCUUUGUGAUGUCAAAUGUACUGUAGUAUAAAGCUGUCAUGUUUCUGGCCACCAGGUUUAUUGAGUAGGAGGUGUCUGUAGCCUCAUUCAGACCAACCUUGCUAGGAGGGAUACUGUCUUCAGCAACAAUAUCAAUUCAAAUAAAGUGUUAUGUGAAUGUGUUAGAGCAUAGACCCAACACUGAGUCCAAGACACAUUAUAUAGUACAUUUUCCACUCUUAAACCAUGUCCGCACUGAGCUAAAGGGGCUAAAGGGUAGAUCUGCCGCUUUCAAGGAGCGGGACUCUAACCCGGACGCUUAUAAGAAAUCCCGCUAUGCCCUCAGAUGAACCAUCAAACAGGCAAUGUGUAAAUACAGGACUAAGAUUGAAUCCUACUACAUCAGCUCCGACGCUCGUCGGAUGUGGCAGGGCUUGCAAACUAUUACGGACUACAAAGGGAAGCCCAGCCGCAAGCUGUCCAGUGACAAAAGCCUACCAGACGAGCUAAACGACUUCUAUGUGCACUUCAAGGCAAGCAACACUGAAGCAUGCAUGAGAGCACCAGCUGUUCCGGACGACUGUGUGAUCACGCUCGCCGUAGCCGAUGUGAGUAAGACCUUUAAACAUGUCAAAAUUCACAAGGCCGCAGGGCCAGACGGAUUACCAGGACGUGUACUCCGAGCAUGCGCUGACCAACUGGCAAGUGUCUUCACUGACAUUUUCAACCUGUCCCUAGCCGAGUCUGUAAUACCUACAUGUUUCAAGCAGACCACCAUAGUCCCUGUGCCCAAGAACACCAAGGUAACCUGCCUAAAUGACUACCGACCCGUAGCACUCAUGUCUGUAGCCAUGAAGUGCUUUGAAAGGCUGGUCAUGGCUCACAUCAACACCAUCAUCCCAGAAACCCUAGACCCACACCAAUUUUGCAUACAUCCCCAACAGAUCCACAGAUGACGCAAUCUCUAUUGCACUCAACACUGCCCUUUCCCACCUGGACAAACGGAACACCUACGUGAGAAUGCUAUUCAUUGACUACAGCUCAGCGUUCAACACCAUAGUGCCAUCAAAGCUCAUCACUCAGCUAAGGACCCUGGGACUAAACACCUCCCUCUGCAACUGGAUCCUGGACUUUCUGACGGGCCACCCCCAGGUGGUAAGUGCAGGCAACAACACAUCUGCCACGCUGAUCCUCAACACGGGGGCCCCUCAGGGGUGUGUGCUUAGUCCCCUCCUGUACUCCCAGUUCACCCAUGACUGCGUGGCCAACCACGACUCCAACAUCAUCAUUACGUUUGCCGACGACACAAUGGUGGUAGGCCUGAUCACCGACAACGACGAGACAGCCUAUAGGGAGGAGGUCAGAGACCUGGCAGUGUGGUGCCAGGACAACAACCUCUCCCUCAACGUGAUCAAUACAAAGGAGAUGAUCGUGGACUACAGGUAAAGGAGGGCCGAGCACGCCCCCAUUCUCAUUGACGGGGCUGUAGUGGAGCAGGUUGAGAGCUUCAAGUUCCUUGAUGUCCACAUCACCAACAAACUAUCAUGGUCUAAACAUACCAAGACAGUCGUGAAGAGGGCACGACAAUGCCUAUUCCCCCUCAGGAGACUGAAAAGAUUUGGCAUGGGUCCUCAGAUCCUCAAAAUGUUCUAAAGCUGCACCAUCGAGAGCAUCCUGACUGGUUGCAUCACCGCCUGGAAUGGCAACUGCUCUGCCUCCGACCGCCAGGAUCUACAGAGGGUAGGAUAGUGUGUAUGGCCCAGUACAUCACUGGGGCCAAGCUUCCUGCCAUCCAGGACCUCUAUACCAAGCGGUGUCAGAGGAAGGCCUUAGAAAUUGCCAAAGACUCCAGCCACCCUAGUCAUAGACUGUUCUCUCUUCUACCGCACGGCAAGUGGUACCGGAGCGCCAAGUCUAGGUCCAAAAGGCUUCUUAACAGAUUCUACCCCCAAGCCAUAAGACUGCUGAACAGCUAAUCAAAUGGCUACCCGGACUAUUUGCAUUGACCCCCCCCCCCUUUCUUUACACUGCUGCUACUCGCUGUUUAUUAUCUAUGCAUAGUCACUUUACCACUACCUACGUGUACAAAUUACCUCGACUAACCUGUACCCCCACACAUUGACUUGGUACCGGUACCCCCUGAAUAUAGCCUUGUUAUUGUUAUUUUAUUUUAUUUUUGACUUUAGUUUAUUUAGUAAAUAUUUUUCUUUGCUCUUAUUUUUCUUAAAAACUGCAUUGUUGGUUAAGGGCUUGUAAGUAAGCAUUUCAUGGUAAGGUCUACACCUGUUUUAUUCGGCACAUGUGACAAAUACAAUUUGAUUUGAUUUGAUGUCAAUGGACAAAAGUCUGGCAUUCACCACUUGAGAAUGUCAAAUGACACCAUGUUUGACAAGCUUUUCCAGUCGCCGGGUCAGUGUGAGGACGGAGUCUAUAUUCUGAGCCCAAGCAAAAGGAACAUGUCCCCGCUUUCAGUCUCACAAAAAUUCCUUUCAUAAAUUAAAGUGAAACAUUAAGGAUUUUUAGACUCUUCAAAGAAAGUUACGCCUAGUGGCUGGUAUCUUGAUAUCCGCUGUUAGUACAGCACAAGUUGCUUUUGUUUGUGUCUUCUUGAUUACCGUUUAUGUUGCUGGGAGCCUUGGGAAGGCUGAGGGAGAAGUAGAGGUGGGGUGCUGUGGACAGUGGAAAGGGUGGAGCGGGUUGCCAUUCACUUUGAAUGACAUGUUAUUUGGAACAUCGGCCAAGGACACAGCAUGCAUGAGAUGACGCACACACACACAAACACACACACACGUGCACAGAUUUGAGCACAUGGAUGCUGUAUAUACAUACAUACACUCACUCACAAAUAAUCAAACGCACACACAUUUUUUACCUCCCCUUGUAAAGCUUGAGCCAUUUGUUUUAAAGGGGAUAGGUAGAAUUGGGCUUCAGUUCUGUGCAAAGACUGAAUGCAUUUUCAUUCAAUGGGUUAGCAUGUAGCCUGUUCCCAGAUCUGUUUGUGCUCUUGCCCACUCCAUUGUCAUUUUCAUGCCAAUCAUGAUCAUUCCACAAGGAGUUGGCAAGAGAAACAGAAACAGACUGGCAACCAGAUUAGUUAGCAUGAAACUUGUGAGAGAUUUCUUACCAAUUAUUUUUUUAACCAAAUGUUAAUUUAUUUUUUUGUUGGGGGAGGGUAGUAUUAUAUACCACAUUUACAUUUCAGUCAUUUAGUAGACACUCUUAUCCAGAGCGACUUACAGGAGCAAUUAGCUCAAGGGCACAUCGACAGAUUUUUCACCUAGUCGGCUCGGGGAUUAGAACCAGCGACUUUUCGGUUACUGGCACAACGCUCUUAACCACUAAGCUACCUGCCGCCACCGGAUGUUUCAGAGCUCUACAUGGAUAUACUGAAUACAUGUAAAUACUGUCUCUCUGUCUUCACUCUCUCCAGUGUCAACCUCAGUUUCUGCCUCUCGGCCAAUGGGAAGCACCUCCCUGCUGAUCUAGGUGAGCCCAGUGUUUUCCGUUUUGUCUACAAGAGAUACAGCUUUUGUCAAAAUUGACUUUUCGUAGCAGGUUUAGGAGAACUUACAGAGCAGGUUAUGAUAAUUAGCUUAGCAGGUUAGGAGAAUUAGGUUAAGGUUAGGAAAAGGGUUAGGGUUAGCUAAAAUGCAAAAAAAAUGAACGUUUGACGUCAAUUUGACAAAAGCUGUAUCCCAUCUAGAAAUGACUAGGGUUUUCUUUUGUAAGGACUCCACACAGCUGUUCCCUAUUACCUUCUGUGGUGUGGCCACAAAUAUGCCUGAACUCACUGUGGUCAAUUUAGCAGUUAAGAUUAACAUGAAAGGACAAUCGAGUAAGUACAGGGGAAACAUUGCGAGGUUUGUGUGUGUAUGCGUGUGUUAACGUGUGUGGGUGUGUGAUUGUGUGUGUGUCUGCACAUGGGAAUUGGUAUUUGCAAUUGUGUGUGUGUGUAUUGUGUUAGUAUAUGCACAAUAACUGUGUAUGUAAUUGGUUUAGUUGGCCAGCAGCAUACCACCCUGCAUCCCACUGCUGGCUUGGCUCUGAUGCUAAGCAGGGUUGGUCCUGGUGGGUCUCUGGAUGGGAAACCAGAAGCUGCUGGAAGUGGUGUUGGAGGGCCAGUAAGAAGAACUCUUUCAUCUGGUCUAAAAAAAGUAAUAUCCCAGGGCAGUGUGUAGGGUGCCGUCUUUCGGAUGGGACGUUAAAUUGGUGUCCUGUCUCUCUGUGGUCACUAAAGAUCCCAUGGCACUUAUCACAAGAGAAGGGGUGUUAACCCCGGUGUCCUGGCUAAAUUUCCCAAUCUGGCCCUCUGUCAGAAGGCGACAGUGAAAUGCGGUAGGCGAAGUCACACGCAGGACACAGAGCUUACUGGAAACCGUAUUUUAAUCGAAAGUAACCAGUGAAAAAACAAUCUCCAAACAUCGGAGGAAACAAACAACCCGCACACGAACACUGCUGAUGACGCAAACAAUAACACACAACACACAAUGCACGACAGAGGGUUAAAUAGGGAAUACAAUACAACAUAAUGGGGAACAGGUGUACACAAUCAGGACACAACAAGUCAAACACCAAAACAUAGAUCGUGGCAGCUAGUACUCCGGGGACGACGAACGCCGAAGCCUUCCCGAGCAGGGAGGUGGAGCAGCUUUGGCUGAUUCCGUGACAGUACCCCCCCCCCCUUGACGCGCGGCUCCAGCCGUGCGCCGACCCCGGCCUCGGGGACGGCCAGGAGGAUGCGGAGCAGGGCGAGUCGGAUGACUCCGGUGGAAGUCCCUCAACAUGGAGGGAUCUAGAAUGUCCCUCCUGGGGACCCAGCACCGUUCCUCCGGACCUUACCCCUCCCACUCCACAAGAUACUGCAGGCCUCGAAUCCAAGAUGGACCGGACUGAGUACGCCGGAGCCCCCUCGAUGUCCAACGGGGGCGGAGGAGCCUCUUGUACCUCAUUCUCCUGGAGUGGACCAGCCACCACCGGCCUGAGGAGAGACACAUGGAAUGAGGGGUUAAUGCGAUAAUACCUGGGCAGUUGUAACCUAUAACAUACCUCGUUCAAUCUCCUCAGGACUUUAAAGGGCCCCACAAACCGCCGACCCAGCUUCCGGCAGGGCAGGCGAAGGGGCAGGUUUCGGGUCGAGAGCCAGACCCGGUCUCCUGGUGCGUACACCGGAGCCUCACUGCGGUGGCGAUCGGCGCUCGCCUUUUGCCGCCUGAUGGCACACUGCAGAUGGACAUGCGCAGCAUUCCAAGUUUCCUCCGAGCGCCGAAACCACUCGUCCACCGCAGGGGCUUUGAUCUGGCUCUGAUGCCAAGGUGCCAGAACCGGCUGGUAACCUAACACACACUGGAAAGGCGUCAGGUUAGUGGACGAAUGGCGGAGGGAGUUUUGGGCUAUCUCUGCCCAGGGAAUAUAUCCCGACCACUCCCCUUGCCGGUCCUGGCAAUAUGACCUCAGAAACCUACCCACAUCCUGGUUAACUCUCUCCACCUGCCCAUUACUUUCGGGGUGAAAACCUGAGGUAAGGCUAAUCGAGACCCCCAGACGUUCCAUAAAUGACCUCCAGACUCUAGAGGUGAACUGGGAACCCUGAUCAGACACUAUAUCCUCAGGCACCCCAUAGUGCCGGAAGACGUGUGUAAACAGGGCCUCAGCAGUUUGUAGGGCAGUAGGGAGACCUGGCAGGGGAAUGAGACGGCAGGCUUUAGAAAACCGAUCCACAACGACCAAUAUCGUAGUGUUCCCCUGGGAGGGGGGAAGGUCCGUAACAAAAUCCACCGAUAGGUGAGACCACGGCCGUUGUGGAACGGGUAGGGGUUGUAACCUCCCCCUGGGCAGGUGUCUAGGUGCCUUACACUGGGCGCACACCGAGCAGGAGGAAACAUAAACCCUCACGUCCUUGGCCAAGGUUGGCCACCAGUACUUCUCACUAAGGCAGUGCACUGUCCGACCAAUACCCGGAUGACCAGAGGAGGGUGACGUGUGAGCCCAGUAUAUCAACCGGUCGCGAACCUCGAGCGGCACGUACCUCCGACCCUCUGGACACUGUGGAGGAGUAGGGUCGGAACGUAACGCCCGCUCGAUUUCCGCAUCCACCUCCCACACCACCGGUGCCACUAAACAAGACUCCGGGAGUAUGGGAGUGGGCUCAAUGGACCUCUCCUCUGUGUCAUAUAGUCGGGACAGGGCGUCUGCCUUAGCGUUCUGGGACCCUGGUAUAUAGGUGAGCUUAAAUACAAAGCGGGAAAGAAACAUUGACCACCUUGCCUGGCGAGGAUUCAGCCUCCUCGCUGCCCGGAUGUACUCCAGGUUACGAUGGUCAGUCAGAAUGAGAAAAGGGUGUUUAGCCCCCUCAAGCCAAUGUCUCCACACCUUCAGGGCCUGAACCACAGCCAGCAGCUCCCUAUCCCCCACGUCAUAAUUGCGCUCCGCCGGACUGAGCUUCUUAGAAUAGAAAGCACAGGGGCGGAGUUUAGGUGACGUACCCGAGCGCUGAGACAGCACAGCGCCGAUCCCAGCCUCGGAAGCGUCCACCUCCACCUGGAAUGCCAAAGAGGGAUCCGGAUGCGCCAGCACCGGAGCCGAGGUAAACAGGUCCUUCAGGCGUUUAAAUGCCCUGUCCGCCUCAGCUGACCACUGCAGGCGCACCGGACCCCCCUUUAGCAGAGAGGUAAUGGGAGCUGCUACCUGUCCAAAGCCCCGGAUAAACCUCCGGUAGCAAUUGGCAAAACCCAAGAAGCGCUUCACCUCCUUUACCGUGGUCGGAGUCUGCCAAUUACGCACAGCAGAAACGCGGUCAAUCUCCAUCUCUACCCCUGACGCGGACAACCGAUGUCCCAGGAAGGAGAUGGACUCCUGGAAGAACAGACAUUUCUCCGCCUUCGCAUACAGGUCAUGCUCCAACAGUCUACCAAGCACUCGACGCACCAGGGACACAUGCUCGGCUUGUGUAGCAGAAUAUAUUAGGAUGUCAUCAAUAUAUACCACAUUUUACAUUUACAUUUUAGUCAUUUAGCAGACGCUCUUAUCCAGAGCGACUUACAGUUAGUGAGUGCAUACAUUAUAUUUUUCAUACAGGCCCCCCGUGGGAAUCGAACCCACAACCCUGGCGUUGCAAACGCCAUGCUCUACCAACUGAGCUACAUCCCUGCCGGCCAUUCCCUCCCCUACCCUGGACGACGCUGGGUCAAUUGUGCGCCGCCCCAUGGGUCUCCCGGUCACGGCCGGCUACGACAGAGCCUGGAUUCGAACCAGGAUCUCUAGUGGCACAGCUAGCACUGCGAUGCAGUGCCUUAGACCACUGCGCCACUCGGGAGUACGCCCUGUCCACAACACCCUGUCCAUGCAAGUCCCGAAAAAUCUUGUCCACAAAUGAUUGGAAGACUGAAGGAGCAUUCAUUAACCCGUAUGGCAUGACGAGAUACUCAUAGUGACCCGAGGUGGUACUGAAUGCUGUCUUCCACUCAUCUCCCUCCCUAAUGCGCACCAGGUUGUACGCGCUCCUGAGAUCUAAUUUUGUGAAGAAUCGCGCGUGUAAUGACUCCGUCAUACUAGCAAUCAGAGGGAGAGGAUAGCUGUAUUUGAUGGUGAUCUAAUUUAGACCACGGUAAUCAAUACACGGGCGUAAACCCCCAUCCUUCUUCUUCACAAAAAAUAAAAUCGAGGAAGCAGGGGAAGUAGACGGCCGUAAGAAACCCUGUCUCAAAGAUUUGGUGACGUAGGUCUCCAUAGCGGCCGUCUCCUCCUGAGAUAGAGGAUACACGUGACUACGUGGAAGCGCAGCGCCUACCUGGAGGUCUAUCGCACAAUCCCCCUGUCGAUGAGGUGGUAAUUGAGUCGCCUUCUUCUUACUGAAGGCGAGAGCCAAAUCGGCAUACUCAGGUGGAAUAUGCAAGGUAGGAACUUGGUUCGGGCUUUCCACUGUCGUUGCCCCUACGGAAACGCCUACACACCGCCCAGUACACUGAUCAGACCAUCCCUGGAGAGCUCUCUGCUGCCAUGAAAUGUUGGGGUCAUGAGCUGUUAACCAGGGAAGCCCCAACACCACGGGAAACGCAGGAGAAUCAAUCAAAUACAAACGUACUAUCUCCUCAUGACCCUCCUGCGUUUUCAUUUCGGAGAGGUGCCUUGACCUCCCUAAUCAACCCAGACCCCAAUGGGUGGCUAUCUAGGGCAUGAAUGGGGAAGGGCACAUCAACAGGCACGAUAGGAAUCCCUAACUUAUAGGUGAACUGGCGAUCAAUUAAAUUCCCAGCUGCGCCUGAAUCUACUAGCGCCUUAUGCUGGGAGUGAGGAGAAACCUCGGGAAACACCACUUUAAUACACAUAUGAUCAGCAGAGAGCUCUGGGUGAGUUGGGUGCCUACUCACCUGGAAUGACUCAUCAGUGCGUCGCCCACUGCCUCGAUUCCUAGGAGACCCUCCCCAGCACCGACCAGCAGUGUGUCCUCUGCGGCCACAGUUGGUGCAGGGGACGGCCCCCCUCCUGGUCUCCCUCCUGGUCUCCCUAGCACCAGCACCCCCGAGCUCCAUAGGGGUCGGCUCGGAAGUGCUGGGGGAUGGAAUGGACGGCCCUGAAUCCGGACGUCCGCGGGUAGCCAACAGGGGGGUAUCCAGGCGAAUCGACAUGUCCACCAGUUGGUCAAAGCUGAGGUUGGUGUCCCUGCAGGCUAACUCCCGACGCACGUCCUCCCUCAGGCUGCAUCUGUAGUGGUCGAUGAGGGCCCUCUCAUUCCAUCCCGUGUUGGCGGCUAGCGUCCGGAAGUCCAGCGCGAACUCCUGCGCGCUCCUCCUCCCCUGUCUCAGGUGGAAUAGACGCUCACCCGCCGCUUUACCCUCUGGGGGAUGAUCAAAUACUGCCCGGAAGCGGCGGGUGAACUCCGCAUAGCUGACCGUAGCGGCGUCUAUCCCACCCCAUUCGGCGUUGGCCCACUCCAGCGCCUUGCCGGACAGACAGGAGAUGAGGGCGGACACGCUCUCGUAUCCCGAGGGUGCCGGGUGAAUGGUUGCUAGGUAGAGUUCAACCUGGAGUAGGAAACCGUGACACCCGGCCGCGGUGCCAUCAUAAGCCCUCGGGAGCGAGAGCCGAAUCCCACUGGACUCCGGAGAUGGACCGAAGGGUAUGGCUGAUGGUGGUGGUAUCGUAGGAGGAGGUGUGGGCAAACCUCCACUCUCCCAUCGCCUCAAAGUGUCCAUCACCUCUUGCAUGGUGGUGCCCAGGUGCUGGAUCCUGGCCUCUUGGUGGAUUACGCGCUCCUCCAGUGAUCCCCUUGGCACAACCGAUCCUGCUGACUCCAUGAUGGUGUGUUAUUCUGUCAGAAGGCGACAGUGAAAUGCGGUAGGCGAAGUCACACGCAGGACACAGAGCUUACUGGAAACCGUAUUUUAAUCGAAAGUAACCAGUGAAAAAACAAUCUCCAAACAUCGGAGGAAACAAACAACCCGCACACGAACACUGCCGAUGAUGCAAACAAUAACACACAACACACAAUGAACGACAGAGGGUUAAAUAGGGAAUACAAUACAACAUAAUGGGGAACAGGUGUACACAAUCAGGACACAACAAGUCAAACACCAAAACAUAGAUCGGUGGCAGCUAGUACUCCGGGGACGACGAACGCCGAAGCCUUCCCGAGCAGGGAGGAGGAGCAGCCUCGGCUGAUUCCGUGACACCCUCAUACCGUCAUGGCCACCUAAUCAUCCCCAGCUUCCAAUUGGCUCAUUCAUCCCCCCUCCUCUCCCCUGUAACUGUUCCUUAGGUCGUUGCUGUCGUUGCUCAGUCAACUUACCAGGUAAAAUAUAGUUUGUGUACCCAUGCACAAAUGCAUGUAUGUUUCAAUGGGUUUGUUUUUGUGAUAUGUUAUAUGAAGUGUGUGUGUGACAUGUUCUAUUGUGUGUGUGUGUGUGUGUGUGUGUGUGUGUGGUGCAGUUUUUAUGGUGGAGGUGCAGUUGGACUAUCUGGAGCAGAAACAGAGGGAAUCAUCAGUGAGGAGAACUCUGUUCCUGGAUAGCCAACAGCCCAGCCUGCUGGAGACCAUCACUAUGGCCAACGGAGGACGAACGUGUCACGACACCCGCAUCUACCUGCGCGUUAGUCACUUCAAACACUUCAAACACUCAAAGAGAUGUUGCUGUUAAAAUGCAUGAGCUUAUAAUGCAUGCUUGUCAUGAGCAUGUUUGACCCCUUUUAUAAUGUCUAAUAAUCAUCUCAUUAUGAUAGACUAAAUAGCAACCAUUUGAAAUGCUGAUUGAUACAUAAAGAGACUUAUAAGCCUUGUUAUAAUUUUAAAGGCUCAGACAUGCUUAUAACAAUUAUAUAAAGCAUUAUGCCUGCGGGCUUUAAGUAAAGGGUUACCAAAUUAUUCAAAGACAUGUUGAGAAAACCACAGUUUAUAAAAACAACAUGGAUCCAAUGAACUGUGGGUCUUACCGAUCAAUCUCUCUUCUCAAGGUGGACCUAAAGUUGGCACAAAAAUGUUGGCUCGUUUCUUCGAAUCCAGCCUUCAAAGACCAGUAACUUGAAACAGGCUGAAACAUUUAAUGCUACAUUUGACAGUUUAUCUGUUUUUGAUUAUAGUUUCAAUAUGACUGAAAGUGAAAAUGUUCCCUUGCACUGUGCAUUUAGACAGAUCUAUAACAUUAUAUUUACUAUAAUGUACAUUUAGACAGAUCUAUAACAUUAUAUUUACUACAAUGUACAUUUAGACAGAUCUAUAACAUUAUAUUUACUACAAUGUACAUUUACAUCUAGAGGCCCACAGAGUCUUGUCUCAACCAGUUGACAAUAAGUAAAGUCAAGUUCAUGUUUAACACAUCAUGAAGAUAGGUCAGUGCAACAUCGAUUCACUUCCUCCUGAGUGUGUCAGUGAUGCCUUUGCCUUUCUUUCCUCAUGUGUGUUGUAGAGUGAAGGGGAGUUUCGGGAUAAACUCUCCCCCAUUUACGUCACCCUCAACUUUAGCCUGGAUCCUCUCGCUCCACUGGACCUCCAUGGCCUGAGACCCAUUCUAAACUACCAGACAACACAUAUUAUAAAGCAGAAGGUAUGUACUAACUACAUUAUUCAAUUAGGAACAUUUUGAAUUUCAGUUGAUAUCCUGAAUUGACUGAAUCGAACUGGAUUUGACCCCAACCAUGCCAGACAUCAUACCUUGUAGAGCAGAGAGAAUGUGUAGAGAAUAUCUGGUCAUAUUUAUCAGACCACAUAACUAACCGUUUAGAGCAGGUGCACCACAAAUACCCAUACUGAAACUCCCGACUACACAACCUAGAGAGCAGGGGUUAGCAACAGGGUCCCACGGGCCCAUAGAUUUUUUCCUCCCUCAAAUGUUGUUAGUAAAAACAAAAAUUUUCCAAAUAUUCCCACAGAUAAAAAUAAAUUUUAAAAAGAGGCGUGAUUGUGUCUCAAUGUAAUCAAGUUUAGAAAUUAUUGUCAUUUUCAAAUACAAUCUAUUUUUGGGCUUGUGGUCAAUUUGCAGUGAACAAAUUAUUAUAAUUAUUUUCCGGCCCCCCCAUCCAUUCGCUCUGACAAAAAUUGGCCCGCGGCUGAAUCUAGUUGCCUACCCCUGCUAUAGAGGGUAGCCUAUGAACAUAGUGCACACUCAAUUGAGUUAUUCUACCAGACUUCAUGACUUCACACACAAUGUGCACCUUAUCUACAUCCCCCGAUAUUUACAUUUUGUGCCAGAAAGUAGAAAGGGAUAAGGUCAGAAGUGGCUAUUUUGAAAUUGAUUUCAUAUGGAGGACCCCUCAGUAUUGCUGGUCCCCAUAUGGCUAAAGGUUGGGGGUUAGUCCUUAUAUACUAGGCACUGAAUUACAAUAUGUGGUAGCCAUAGAGUUGGAUAGAUGGCACACUUGCUACAAAGCCUUUUUUACUCUACUUUAGAAUAGAUGAAAGCCUUCAACGGCACUGCCCAUGCUGUCACAUAAGUGAAUUGAGAGUAGAAUCCUCAGGGGUGUGAAGGUGGGGAGUCACGGCUAUGCGAAAAAAACAGAGGGAGAACUGACGGCUCUUUCUAGUGGGGCGCUGAGGCUAGCCAUCUGGUUGUGGUUUGUUUAUGUAUGUUGCCAGUGGUCUCCGCCAUGUCGAGAGCCCAGCGAGCCAGACUUGGAGCACGUGUGUUUAUAUAUAUGUGUGUGUGUGUGUGUGUGCGCCGAGCCUCUCACUAUUGGCAGAGAAACCAAUACAACCUAGCUAGAACAGCUUUUGGGAACAGCCUGGACUUUCCAGGCUUAUGUUAUUACACUGAAACAUUUAGCAAUCUCUCUCUCUUCCUCUUGCACUUCUCAACUUGUCAAAACAUGAAUAAAGUUUCUUCCUCUUCUUAACGCCCCUUUUUUGUCCCAUGGAGGGUAGGCGAUGGGAAGAUGGAGGGAUGAAAGAGAGAGAGAGUGAGGGAGGGGAGAAGAUCAGCUAGGGAGGGUAGGGCAGUGAUUGUGUGUGACCUUUACCAGACCCCGUGCGCUCCUCUGUCUUGUGAUGUUGUGUUGACUGACCGAUUGCUACAUAGACUUGCGUGAACGAUAACAUUGGAUGCUUUAAAUUAGUGAUCACCACGGAGACGGAGUGAGUGGUCGCCUGUGCCGACUCUGCACUGUCGUAGCAUUCUUUUGGGCUCUAAUGUUUUCCACAUGUUGCUGCCGGGAUGGAUGGGGUGGUAGUGUAACAAUGGGUUCACAGUACGCAGUUGCAAUGUUGCAGGAGCGAUGUUGGAGACUGAAAAAAAGAGGAGUAGGAGAGAGAGGGAAGAGAGAUAGUCUAGUCAAAUCAUAUUCUAUUUAUACUGUACUGUGAUUUGUACAGUCUUUACUCUUUAGUGACAGAGUGCUUAGGAGACCAGUUCCUCUCCUCCCUAAGCAGCUCAAGUCUUUCCCUUUUCCUCCCAUUCCUUCCUUUCUUCAUGUUGGAGUACAUCUACCUUUCUUGAACAUCUUUCCUCUCCUCAUUCCCACCAAAAUGAAACACUCCUUCCGUUCAUUCUCACCUUCUCCCCUUCACUCAUUUGCUUUCCCUUUUUCCGUCCUUCACUUAUCCCUUUACUUCUCACUCCUCCCAUUCAUCCCCUCAUUUAGGGGGUUAUUCAUACAUCUUCAUUGCCGUGGUAAAUGUACCAGCGGUUGUUCAAAAACCAAUGUAAAUCUUCAUAGAACUGCAUGCUGUUUUUGCAGUUUUAGAAAAUAUAGUGGCUAGGUGAUAAGCCGAUAAUCUUAGUGAGUUUGAUUAAUGUCUUUCUUGGUAUCACAUAACUCUCUGUUUCUCAAUCUCUCUCUCUCUUUCAGUAGAAGAAGUGAGACUUGUUUUUAGCAUUCUAAGAUGUGUUUGCUUUGGCAUUGAUUUCACUAUGUCAAUUAUGUACAUUAGCUGAAUUGGCUCUAAUAAUUUUCUUCUUCAUAAAAAUCUAAAUCUCUCUCCAUCUCUCUCUUUCCAUCCCUCUGUUCUGCAGGCCCAGAUUCAACUGGACUGUGGGGAGGACAACAUCUGUGUUCCUGACCUCAAACUGGCCGUUUAUGGGUGAGCUGAAGUCCCCUCUCCGUUACCUGAGACCAAGGCAUUACUCCGGAAUAGCCUCCUUUGCUAUUCUCCCCUCUCCCUCUUGACCCAUCGACAGGGGAAGGGACUCAGUACGUCUCCAGCAUAUUGCUUUCACCUGUCACAUCCUUUCAGAUCAGUGGGAACCAAUGAAAGAAGAGGAGGAAAAUAAAAUUGGAUACAGACCAGUGAGAGGUCUAUAAUAGUGGGUGUUUUGUGUUAAAAGGUAAACUCCAGCGCAGAAAGUAUUUUUUUUUAAUGUUACAUAAAUUACUAGCAUAUUACAUGGUCAAAUGAUACACAGUAGCACCCUAUGGCAUACUUGUUUGUUUCUCUGGAAUUCAGUUAAAGCAGCACCACUGGGCACCAUUUGGUACCAGGUUGUUACCAAUGUUAUUUAAAUUUUUUUGAAGCAAGUAUCAUAUGAGUUUGUAAUUUUGAAGACAUAGCCACAGGAACAUAUACAAAACUAUGUGGACACCCCUUCAAAUUAGUGGAUUCGGCUAUUUCAGCCACACCCGUUGCUGACAGGUGUAUAAAAUCGAGCACACAGCCAUGCAAUCUCCAUAGACAAACAUUGGCUGUAGAAUGGCCCAACUGAAGAGCUCAGUGACUUUCAACAUGGCACCAUCAUAGGAUGCCACCUUUCCAACAAGUCAGUUAGUCAGAUUUCUGCCCUGCUAGAGCUGCCCCGGUCAACUGUAAGUGCUGUUAUUGUGAAGUGGUAGGCCACACAAGCUCACAGAACAAGACCGCAGAGUGCUGAAGCAUGUAGCAUGUAAAAAUUGUCUGUCCUCGGUUGCAACACUCACUACCGAGUUCCAAACUGCCUCUGGAAGCAACGUCAGCACAAGAACUGUUCGUCGGGAGCUUCAUGAAAUGGGUUUCCAUGGCUGAGCAGCCACACACAAGCCUAAGAUCACCAUGCACAAUGCCAAGCGUUGGCUGGAGUGGUGUAAAGCUCUCCGCCAUUGGACUCUGGAGCAGUGGAAACGCGUUCUCUGGAGAGAUUAAUCACACUUCACCAUCUGGCAGUCCGACGGGCAAAUCUAGGUUUGGCCAAUGCCAGGAGAACGCUAACUGCCCAAAUGCAUAGUGCCAACUGUAAUGUUUGGUGGUGGAGGAAUAAUGGUCUGGGGCUGUGUUUCAUGGUUCGUGCUAGGCCCCUUAGUUCCAGUGAAGGGAAAUCUUAGCGCUACAGCAUACAAUGACAUUCUAGACGAUUCUGUGCUUCCAACUUUGUGGCAACAGUUUGGGGAAGGCCCUUUCCUGUUUCAGCAUGACAAUGCCUCCAUGCACAAAGCGAGGUCCAUACAGAAAUGGUUUGUCGAGAUCGGUGUGGAAGAACUUGACUGGCCUGCACAGAGACCUGACCUCAACCCCAUCGAAAACCUUUGGGAUGAAUUGGAAUGCCGACUGCGAGCCAGGCCUAAUCAUGGAACAUCAGUGCCCGACCUCACUAAUGCUCUUGUGGCUGAAUGGAAGCAAGUCCCUGCAGCAAUGUUCCAACAUAGUGGAAAGCCUUCCCAGAAGAGUGGAGGCUGUUAUAGCAGCAAAGGGGGGACCAACUCCAACUGGUUUGUAUCCUCUUGCUCAUGGUUAUUAAUGGUUGAUCAUUGUUGUUUGAGUGUUGGAUAACAGCAGUGUAUGUUGCAUUUUAUCCUGAAUGGACCAACUGGGACCACUAAACUAGAGGAUGUUUUGUGUUCACAACCUUGAGGCUCAUCUCGGAGAUGAAUGUUAUUUACUACUGGUACUUUGUGUGGUACAUCCUCUGGGUUCAAUUAAACAUUGAACUAUUUGAAUGUACACAUGAUUAUAUUUAAUGUACAUGUUUUCCUGUAUCUUAUAACAUCUUAAAAGCUUUGAAUCAAAUCAAAUGCGACUUACAACCCCCUCUCUCCCUCACCACCUCAAACCUCCACUCCUCUCUCGGAGUCGGCAGCACGGUGUUCGGGAUAGACUAUCCAUGGUGUCACUUCCUCUGCACUUCGUUAAACUGGCCUGGCCACAAUUGGAAUCAGCUGUGUGGUCCUGGUGUAGAGCAUGGGGUCAUUGUGUCUAGACCUCCAGUGGACAGAGGGAGGGGCAUGAGAGGAAGAGAAGGGGGCAAUGAAAGAGGGGACAACCAAGGGACCGAGGAGGUCAUAUGGUUGGGGGCGGUGGGGGCUGGCUCUCCACCAGGACCCCACAGCUGAUUCCAAUUAUGGCCAGGCCAGUUUAACGAAGUGCAGAGGAAGUGACACCAUGGAUAGUCUAUCCCGAACACCGUGCUGCCGACUCCGAGAGAGGAGUGGAGGUUUGAGGUGGUGAGGGAGAGAGGGGGUUGUAAGUCGCAUUUGAUUUGAUUCAAAGCUUUUAAGAUGUUAUAAGAUACAGGAAAACAUGUACAUGAAAUAUAAUCAUGUGUACAAUCAAAUAGUUCAAUGUUUAAUUGAACCCAGAGGAUGUACCACACAACGUACCAGUAGUAAAUAACAUUCAUCUCCGAGACGGGCCUCAAGGUUGUGAACACAAAACAUCCCCUCACAUUGGAAUUCUCGGGAAGCAAACAAUUUAAGGCCUAAAAAAACCAGCUGUGUAUUACAUUAACGGAGGUCAUCGAAGUGAAAGUGCUGAAUCAUAGAUGCUUUUCUGAGUGACUGAGUGAUUUGGUCUCGUGGAAACUGAAAACACACAUUCCACUGUUUUUCAUGGGAAACACUUAACAUGAUUGUAUUAAUGUGCCGCUAAUAAAAAUCACAUGGCAAAGUCGUGAAACAAACUACUACGAGAGAGAGCAAGGAAAAGAGCUAGAACUAGUUUAGUGGUCCCAGUUGGUCCAUUCAGGAUAAAAUGCAACAUACUCUGCUGUUGACCAACACUCAAACAACAACGAUCAACCAUUAAUAACCAUGAGCAAGAGGAUACAAACCAUUUUGUUACUCUCCUGGGAAUAGAAGCGCAUUUCUGCAAUCAAGGUAUGUAAACAUAUACACUACAUGACCAAAGUUAUGUGGACACCUGCUCACCGAACAUGUCAUUCCAAAAUCAUGGGCAUUAAUAUGGAGUUGUUCCCUCCCUUUGCUGCUAUAACAGCCUCCACUCUUCUGAGAAGGCUUUCCACUAGAUGUUGGAACAUUGCUGCUGGGACUUGCUUCCAUUCAGCCACAAGAGCAUUAGUGAGGUUGGGCACUGAUGUUCGAUGAUUAGGCCUGGCUCGCAGUCGGCGUUCCAAUUCAUCCCAAAGGUGUUCGAUGGGGUUGAGGUCAGGUCUCUGUGCAGGCCAGUCAAGUUCUUCCACACUGAUCUCGACAAACCAUUUCUGUAUGGACCUUGCUUUGUGCAUGGGGGCAUUGUCAUGCUGAAACAGGAAAGGACCUUCCCCAAACUGUUGCCACAAAGUUGGAAGCACAGAAUCGUCUAGAAUGUAAUUGUAUGCUGUAGCGCUAAGAUUUCCCUUCACUGGAACUAAGGGGCCUAGCCCGAACCAUGAAAAACAGCCCCAGACCAUUAUUUCUCCUCCACCAAACAUUACAGUUGGCACUAUGCAUUCGGGCAGGUAGCGUUCUCCUGGCAUUCGCCAAACCCAGAGGUACUCUAUACAGCUUUUAGAAUGUUCCUGUGACUCACCAAGUAAAUAGCAGCAAAGUUUCUAGGCACAGAAUACUACACAUGUACCUUUGAAACAAUGUCAGAUCUUCAACGUUAUAUCCACUAUCAGAAAAAAAUCUAUAGACUGGGCAGCACCUCCUACUGGACAGUUGAUCUAUCUACAGCUACCCUUUGGUCUCCCAUCCAGGGUUUUAAUCAAGCCCUGCUUAGCUUUAAUAUUUGUCACCAACUACUACCAAUAUGCUAUCUUGAGAAUGAUUAUUGAGAGAUCUCUUAAUAAUUAAAUAGAUUCACUGUUGCUAUCGAAGUAAUUCAAAAGGGUAGGUUUAACAGAGCAAAUGAAAUGUAACCAUACUCUAUAAGUCAUAUAUCAUCAAUGAUACUAUUUAGGCCUAUAUAGCAUUUGCAAAGUCAUCAACAGCUAUUGUUUCAAUUCAACCCAGGGUUCAACUAAAAAUAAACAAUACAUACAGGCCAGGGGUUUCAAGCUCAAGUUGAUUUGAAAUGUAAUCUUCAAGUUAAUCAUUAUUUUGUUGGUGGUCUGUUGAUAUCCCUCUAGUGGUGUGGGGGCUGUGCUUUGGCAAAGUGGGUGGGGUUAUAUCCUGCCUGGUUGGCCCUGUCCGGGGGUAUCGUCGGUGCAAUAGUCUAUGUGCCGGGGGGCUAGGGUCAGUCUGUUAUAUCUGGUGUUAUUCUCCUGUCUUAUCCGGUGUCCUGUGUGAAUUUAAGUAUGCUCCCUCUAAUUCUCUCUCUCUCCCGCUCUCCCUCCCAUCCCGGAGGACCUGAGCCCUAGGACCAUGGCUCAGGACUACCUGGCCUGAUGACUCCUUGCUGUCCCCAGUCCACCUGGUCGUGCUGCUGCUCCAGUUUCCAUUCUUCUGCCUGUGGCUAUGGAAUCCUGACCUGUUCACCGGACGCGCUACCUUGUCCCAGACCUGCUGUUGCUGUUUUCAACUCUCUCUCUCUACCGCACCUGCUAUUUCAACCUCUAAAUGCCCAGCUAUGAAAAUCCAAGUGACAUUUACUCCUGAUGUACUGAACUGUUGCAACCUCUACAACCACUGUGAUUAUUAUUUGACCCUGCUGGUCAUCUAUGAACGUUUGAACAUCUUGGAGAAAAAUCUGGCCUUAAUGGCCAUGUACUGUUAUAAUCUCCACCCGGCACAGCCAGAAGGGGACUGGCCACCCCUCAGAGCCUGGUUCCUCUCUAGGUUUCUUCCUAGGUUUCUGCCCUUCUAGGGAGUUUUUCCUAGCCACCGUGCUUCUACAUCUGCAUUGCUUGCUGUAUGGGGUUUUAGGCUGUGUUUCUGUAUAAGCACUUUGUGACAUCUGCUGAUGUAAAAAGGGCUUUAUAAAUAAAAUUUGAUUGAUUGAUUGAUUGACUUAGUCUGGCUUUAAUUCCAGUUUGUCUACAAAUUAAUAAUUGAUAUGUUGGAUUCAAGUCUCCAUCUCAACCAAGAAUCAAAGUUAAACAAUAGGAUUAAAUCAAAUCAAACUUUAUUUAAAGUGCAUGUAAAGUUUGAUUUGAUUUGAUUUAGUCCUAUUUUCUAACUUUGAUUAUUUGUUGAGAUGGAGACGUGAAUCCAACAUAUCAAUUAUUAAUUUGUAGACAAACUGGAAUUAAAGCCAGACUAAGUCAGUGGCACAAAAUAUACAUCUCUUUCAAAUGUUGAUAUUUGGUUGCGUUGACAACCAAACAGAAUUCAAUAUAACUUUUGCAAUACAGUAAAUGGCAUAUUAACUUGUAGACAACUUAACAAAUAAUAUGUUGGAUUCACGUCUCCAACUAAAGCAAAAAUAAAAGUUAAAGAAUAGGAUUAAGUCAGUGGCUCAGAUGAAACUAUCAAAGCAUUAGAUAUUCUUUAAAUGUUGAUAUUUGGUUGCGUUGUCAACCGAACACAAUUCAAUAUUACUUUUGUAAAACAGUAAAUAGCCUAAAGUUAAGGCUAUCUUACAAACUAAUGUAACAGUAUUUAUUCAACCUUAAAAUUAGUUACACAUCCAUAGCCAGAUUUUUAAGGUAGUCUACUGUAACUAUAAAUGUCUUAUGUAAUCAUAGAAAGCGUGCAUGUUAAAGAUAGCAUGCAAAGGUCGCAGCUCUGUGGAGAUCUUCAUAAUUGCUAUAAUAAUCUGCGCAGAAUCUUGAACAGCAUUGAUCCCUUGCACUAUGUAGUUUUAAUGUAAUCUCAACAGCAAUCCAGGUCCUUUGGUUCUGCCAUUAGAUGAAGCACAGUGAUAACACAUUAAGUUGUUGGAUAAAUAUAAAAUAUCUGACAUUGUGCUUUUAAAUGGUUGAAAGCGCAGUGACAACACAUUUAGAUGACUACUAAACCAAAAAUCAAACAUUGUUUUUCCAUUGGAAUUUGGUUGUGCUUUUAGAUGGUUGAAAGCAUAGUGAUAACACAUUGGGAAUUCAACAAAAUUCUGGCUGUCUUUUUGAGUGGGUGAAUAAAGGUUAAAAUCUCAUUGAUUAAUGUCUCAACCAAAUAUUACCCACAUUUCCACGUUGAAAUUACCUAGUGUGCCCAGUGGGAACACACUUAGGAAGAUACCGGCCAUUCACUGUAGGAUACACACGUAUGGUUACCACCACCAUUUGGAAAACGUAGGAUGCUUGGAGUCAAGUUUGAGACAACGUUGUGUGGUGGUGUGGUUGUGUGUUUGCAGGAUAAUGUUUUUUCCCCCCACUGAUAUUGUGACAGACAAUGUCCAGCAGCUCCCUAUCAAAUAUUUAAUUGCUCUUCAAAGAUGAAAGGAGAUUAUUUACUACGUUCGUCAAAUGUAGACAAUGCAAAUUCCAUGAGACAAAAUAUCUGCAACAGGUCUCGUCAUGCUUGGGGAAAUGUCUGGAAAAAAAGAAAAAAAAACUACUUUUGAUUGUUUUACAUUGUUGUUGUAUUUUCUUGUGGUUUUCUUAGCGAUAGGACAGAGGUGUAUCUGGGUGACGAGAACUCCCUGACCCUGACCUUCAAUGCCAGGAACGAGGGAGAGGGCGGGGCCUAUGAGGCAGAGCUUUACGUGGUGCUACCCCCGGAGGCUGACUACAGUGGUAUAGCCCGCAACAAUGCGGUGAGGGAGCAACUGUCCUGUCCCUCUUCUGCUACGGCUAAUGGAAAUGACAGUGCUAAAAUAAUAAAGAUCCCUACUUGCGCUAAUGUGAAUGCUAAUGCUAAUCCACAUAACAAUAAUUUAACUAAUAUCAAUAUAGUGUUGAUACUAAUUAUAGCCUGAUGACUAAAACAAUGGUUCUGAUAUAAAUAGUUUGAGAAAAUGUGGAAAUGCUGUGAAGUAAAUCGCUGUCUUUGUCUCUCUCUCCAUGAUUUUGCUCGUACUGUAUCUCAUAAGCAGAGUCUGACUCAGCUGACCUGUAGCUACGAGGCAGAGAAUCAGACCCGCUAUCUGGUCUGUGACCUGGGCAACCCUAUGAAGUCUGGAACAAGUGUAAGUGGAUCAUCAUGGACUAACUGUUUCUUAAAUUCAAAUUUAGCUUUAUUGUCAUGAAAGGAACAAUCCAAUGUUGCCAAAGCAUUAUGGUACUUCUGUCCCUCUGAUUGUGAGUUUCUGUAUGUCUUUGCAAUUCUGAUGCUGCGUGGCCCAGAUUGAUCCAGGGUCUGUUAAUGACUGUUUGUGUGUUUAUGACAGACUGCCUUUCUGACAGAUCUGAGGUAGCUAUAUCUCUAGUGUCUUUGUGGCUGAACGCCUGUCUUUUCUAUGGAUCUUCACAGUUGUGGGCAGGCCUCCGCUUCACUGUGCCCCGACUGAUGGACACUCACAAUACAGUGCAGUUUGAGCUCCAGAUACGCAGGUAAGUCACAGUUGCAGCUUCAGCACAGAAAGUGUAUAAAUUACUUUGUAUUUAUUGAAUGUAUUCAUAUUUAGUUGAAUGUGAGAGGUUGAAUGUAUCUUUCCUUUUUAAAGUGUUUUGUUAAAUUACCUAAAUCCUAAUACUUCCAUACUUACUACCUUGUCCUGACUGAGCUAAGGUUAGGGUUAGUGGAUAGUUAGUUCAAAUGUUGUCGACAGUUAGGCGAACGUCUACAAACCAUCUACAGUAUUUGGCACAAUCCAAAUGAAGUGUUGCACUUGUCCGUUCUUUCUCUGCUCAGUAAAAAUGAGAAUAAAUCCCAGAGUGAUGAUGAGCUCUUUCAUCUGGAGGUGGCUGUGUUCGCUGAUGUUAUCCUACAGGGGUGAGUGGUCAUGGCUGGAUGGACAAACAAACAAACAAACAAACAAAUGACUGAAUGCUCUCCAUCACCAUCACUAAUAAACAUACUCCCUGUUUAGCUACACUCAAAGUGACUGGGUACCAAUAUAUUGUACCUCAACAGCCCCAGCAACAUUGUAAAUUAUGUUUCUUUAUAAACUGGGUGGUUCGAACCCUGAAUGCUGAUUGGCUGAUAGCUGUGGUAUGACAAAACAUUUAUUUUUACUGCUCAAAUUACGUUGGUAACCAGUUUAUAAUAGCAAUAAGGCACCUCAGGGUUUGUGGUAUAUGGCCAAUAUACCACGGCUAAGGGCUGUAUCCAGGCACUCGGCGUUGCGUCGUGCAUAAGAACAGCCCUUAGCAGUGGAAUAUUGACCAUAUACCACACCCCCUCGGGCCUUAUUGCUUAAGUACCACAUUCUGUUGGGUAUGUCUGCAUCCACUCCUACUCUUUUCUUCUCUUUUCCACCGUGUAUCUCUCUCCUUUUCUCGAUUGAAGCGUUUCUCGUCCGGACAAGCUCCUCUUCCCUCCCCCGAACUGGAGGAUGAGCCACAGCCUACAAGAGGAGCUGGAUGUUGGGCCUGAGAUCCAGCAUGUGUACGAGGUACUCAGUGUGUGCCACGAGAGUGGAUUUUGUGUUGUGUUUAGGGUUGGGUGGUUGAACAAAUGCUUAUCUUCAUAGCUUCCUGGUACAGUAUGCUGACUUGGGUUCUCUCUUUCGCUUCCUCUCGCUCUCUUCCUAUUUUCUCUCUCUCUCGCUCUCUCUCGCUCUCUCUCAGUUGGUGAACAACGGGCCCAGUAUGAUCAGUCAGUCGGUGCUGGAGCUGCGCUGCCCUCUGAGAGCUCAGGGUCACGACCUUUUGUACCCUCUGGAGGUCAUCACUCAGGGACCACUCUACUGCAACUCCAACCACACCCUCAAUGCACUGAAACUCAAGGUGAGGGACACACUUACACAGACACACAUGUAAGGAGGUAUACACGCAGGCUCAUACUAUACAUCCGCAGACACUCAUCCCAGAUACUGUAUACAUUCACGCCCACCCCUGAUACCUUGUCUUUUACUUUGUGUGGUGUCAUAUCAUUCACAGUAUUUAUGCCAAGGAUAUGCAGUUGUCCAUUGAUACCCAUGAAAGUAUUCUGUGUGUGUUGCCAGCUCCAGCCUCCUACAACAGAGCAGCCUCCCUCCCCACUGACGGCCAGCCCUGAACACCACAUCCAACGGAGAGAGGUCUACAGGGAUCCUCUGGCCGAACAAGGCAACCUGGUGAGGCAGCCUGGUGUGUGUCUGUGUUUUGGGGAGGAGGGGGGGGUUCUACAGUCACCUUUGGUACGUGCAGUUAGUGUGAUGAUGUUGGCAUGUACUGUGAGAACAAAUAUGGCUGAAAGGAAACCCCCAGACCGAUAAAAAAACAGAACUCAUUGUAGCUACAGAUUCUUCAAAUGGAAACAUGACUAUGCACACACGCAGCCCUCCACUGACAGGACUAACCCCACUCUCAGUUCCUCCAGUUUUAUAAAGCCAGCUAGUAGUGCCUCCCGAGAGCUGUUCAUCUGAUCCCCCAUAUGAAGACUCCGGGAGAUGUUUUCCCUAAUUUCUUCCCCCUUUCUCUACUUUUUCUCCCCCUUUCUCUACUUUUUCUCCCCCCCACUCGUCUUGUUUAGGGGUAGACAUGCCUAACCCAUGUGGAGUCAACACUGACACACGACCGCAGAGGUCUGUUGACUCUGAAAACAGUAAAACAGCAGAUAGCAGCUGUUAAAUGAAGUCACUUGGCACUUGGUCCGGGAGCAGAGAAGCUAGAGAGUAUAGUGGUGAUAAUGAGUGUCUUAUGGGAGUUUAUUGUCCUGCCUAACCUCUUCUCUUCCUGAAGUCAUCGUCUAUUAUUCUUUUGUAUUUAUGUUCGUAGUUUUUCAUCGUAAAUGCAGUUUCUCUCUUAGAGUCAAGGCUUUCGUUUCAUGUCCUAACGAUAACCUCAUGAGCUGAAUUACCACAGAAAGAAAACAUGAACAGUCAUCCGCGGUUUCCCCUAAUACCGCAAAACACAACCUGAAAGGAAAUUAUUUUAUCAUGGAAGGAGAUGAGGAUAUCUAUCAUAAUAAGCUCUGCUCAUAAUUAUACAUGGUAGAUCAUUCAUUUUAUGUGAAAUGAAUGUAUCCCAAAACAGCUCAUUGUUUUUGUCCCCUUACAUUCUCCACCCAAUGAUUCCUUCCUCCUCUCCCUAUCAUUCAGUAUACUGUCACUUCAAAAACUAAUGACCACAGAAAAUGCACAACAAAUGAACCAUGGCUCCCCAUUUUACACCAAGGACACAAAACGAACUACUGUCAUUCCCUUUCAUUAACAGCAAUGGGAAUCUCUCUCUACCAAAACCUUAAAGUCCAGUGUUUCCAGAUUUCUAUGAAACAUGACCUAUAAUUAAUUACAAUAAUGAGUUAUAUACGUUUCCUUCUAAAAACGUGUAAUUAAGUAUGUUAAAAAGCAGCUUUUCUGUGUUGUAAUGGUGUGGGCAUACCCCAACAACAGAAUGGUGUGGGCGUAUACCGGUCAUAAAAAAUAUUAAUACAAGUAGGCGACUGAUGAGGCAGGAUGACAUCAUUCUCUAUGAGGAAAUAGCAAGCAUUUUUUAAAUGGUCUGUUUGAGAUACAGGUUUAAGGUGGGGUUUUUGAAGUGUUUUUUCUCCAAUGUAUGCUUUGGCCACAAAUACGAGUAUAAGACAAGUCAACAUUAUUUGAGUAUGAGUUAACAGAAUAUGAACUUUUAAAAGUACCAUUUUCACUGGACAAUUACUUUAAAGAUACAUUAUGGAAGUCCAGUUACUAAUUGUUUAUGUCCAAUUUGGUCUUGAAUGAUACCCCAGAGCCAAAGUUCCAUAUAGCCUCUUGUACUGCUCACAAUCACAGACUGUUAACAACAACUGUUUGUGAGACUGAUUAAAUGUGGUGGUGGUUCCUUCCUCCAUAGUCGUGUUCUACCGCUGAGUGCUGGAGGCUGCACUGUCAUGUGGGGUUACUGGAGAGAGGAAGCAGUGUCAUUCUGACCGUUCGCUCACGCAUCUGGCCUGAGACCUUCAUUGAGGUGAGAGAGCAUGACUCUGUCAUGUCCUGUAUUGUACUGUGCUGUACUGCUCAUAUUAAAUGGUCGUUUGAAUAGCACAUGUACCUUAUAUUCUGUUAUGUAGAUCAAAUGUGAUUGAAUUUGGUAUUGACAAUCCUUAUGAUGAUGUAGUAUUAGUACUAUAAUGUAGUAUUAGUACUAUAAUUCUACUGCUGUUAUUAGUAGUAAAAAAUGAAGAACGAAAGAAAUACAGAUACAUGUAGGUCCUGCUAGUCUGUGGUACAAUGCCGCCCUCUCCUGGUAGUGAAUUCUUACAAUGAAAGGUAUUUGGUUUUUGGUACAUACAUUGGAAAUAUAUUUCAAAUUAUCAAUUCAACUCAUCCUUUCUUUGGACAAAUGCUGCAGAGGGCAUACAAGCAGUAUGUGCUGGAGUGUUCUGUCCAGUACAGAGUCGAGAAGAUGCCCUAUGCCAUCCCUCCCAAACUCAAACCCAGUGGAUCCCAGAAGGCAAGCGCUGUUUUAUAUUCCCCUUUAUUUAAUAAUCUGUUCAUUUACCUUUAUGGUAUUGAUGCUUUAUGCCUGUCCUGUCUGUGUGAUAUCGUUUGAAAAUGUGCACACAAAACAUUUUAAAAACAUUAUGUUAUGAGUAAUGUCACAUUAAGAUUUUAAAUCAUCAAUUUUUUCAAGUGACUUCUCAUUUCCCCACGGUAACAACAUGUAUUUGUGUUGCAGGUCCUGACUCCAGUGAUGUGGAUCAAGCCAGACAGCCAGUACACGGUACCACUGUGGAUCAUCAUUCUGGCAAUACUGGCUGGACUGCUGCUGCUCGCCCUGCUCAUAUAUGUACUCUACAAGGUAAGGGUGGCUCAUAAAGGACAAACCUAGCAUACUAAAUUACACACAUGUAAUGUCAUAAUGCUUGUUAACUGUUUAUGGUUGAGAAUACGUCAUAUAACCAGAUGAUGUCUUGGGACAUCACAUUUUGGUUGUUAUAUGGUCAAGCAACCACGUUCCUUUUUACAACCAGCAUACGACCUGACCAUGAUACCACCAGUUGUUGUCAGCUAGGAAGUAGCAUAAAAUGGUAUCUAAAAACUAUUAGAUAAGGUCAAGUGUUUCAAAUUUGAAAGUAUUGAAAGUGGAUGUUGGUAGCAAAUAAUGAUUGACAUUUUACAUUUUAAUCAUUUAGCAGAUGCUCUUAUCCAGAGCGAAUUACAAUUAGUGAGUGCAUACAUUUUUCAUACUGGCCCCCCCCCCCGUGGGAACUGCAAACUAACUGAACUGUCUGGUACAAUGAGGGCUAUUCAUGUAAUUAUUACAUUUGAAAUUGUUAUAAGUCUCCUUUUUCUUUCCAUCUUUCCAGUUGGGCUUCUUCAAACGAUCCAAUCCUUAUGGUACAGCCAUGGAGAAAGCUCAACUCAAACCCCAGGCUUCUUCUGAGGCCUAA